GGGCACUCUUCCUGAAAGCUUCGUAACUUGGGAUCGAUCGACGAUAUGCAGUCAUGAAUUCAGCUCAAUACUCCUAAACGGACUUUGGAAGCCUUAGAAGUCCGCUAGAUGUCAAGCAACAUGCAUUUAUUGUACUUUAAUUUUGUGGUUCUGUUAUCUGUUUGCGGACUGCGGUGUGUCGGUGAGUAUACUGCGAUAGAAUUAUCGGUUGUGAAAUUAACAGUUAGUGUACCGAAUUUGCGAAUUAAUUUUAAUGAUACUUCGAGUUUCAAAUAUUUAGACGACAUCCAAGCAAUAAACUAAAUAGUAUUUAUCGGAAGUAUAGAUCGGUAGUCUCUAAAUCGGUCUGCUUUGCCUAUAUAAGCUUAUACGUGUAUUUCAAUUUUAGCGUACGACUUCUGAUUGAUUGUGCAUGGUAGGUAAACUGCUAAUUUCUUUGUAGAACUUGAUCAAACUUUAAACUCGUAUAUGAUGUCGUUGGCACUGUCAUAGUUUUUGCUAGUUAUUCUCCGUCAGUCGUCGACCGUUAGCAUGGCCUAAUACUGAGAAAUUUGCGAUAUCCAGCAAUAUCGUUGGCCUGCUGAUUAUGAAAUGGAACUUGGGCAUCAAUAUAUAUGUAUGUUCUUGUGAUUUACAAGCGUUGAGUUAUAUCUUAGGUCGAGGUCGUUUAUAAAGAUUCGACACGAGCGCAUAGUGCACAAUCAUGUGCGUUAAGCAUGAACCUGUAGUUUUAGUUCUUUUCUCGGAAAAUUCAGUUAUUAUUGUUUGUUUUCAAGAACAUUUGGGCAGUUUUCCCGUUUUUUCUACUUCAGCUACAACGUAUGUACUGUAUUGGACCCCCUUGAUGCAGUGGUUAUUUGUUUAAAUCUGCUAAGCUACUCGAAUGAAGUUUGUUCCAAUUUUACGAUUAAGUUUCUUUGAAUUAUCAUAAUCUCAUCAAUUUGGUAUACAAAUACUACAAGAGAAUACGCUUCAACAUUUGUCCCCAAUUGGAGGAAUGGAUAGAUUCAGUACAAGAAUACUAUGUGUAGUCUUGUUUAGUGUUUUCCCAUUCAUCUGUGAAUUGAAGACAUUAUAACAUGUUGAUUCACUUCUUUAGAGACUGCAAAGUUCAUUUAUGCACUGGUUAAGAUCACUUUAGCAGUUUAAGCUACAAUCGGCAACAAAAUGAGUUGAGACACUUUGUCCUAAUCUGGGCUUUUUUUACGUUUUCCUGACUUCAAAGGGGAAAAUAUAGCUUUUCCUUCCCCAUCCCCUCUAUGCAAAAAUUGUUGUGCUGCUGUUCAAGCUACCAGUAGAAAACAGAAAACACCCCAACUUUGAAUGGAGGAGACAGGGGAGGGGUGUGGAUUCUUUUGUUCUCCAAAGUUACCCUACUUGAGUACAAUGUCUCAACAAUUUUGUCUCCGAUUGUCUGAAUCACAAAAGUGGCCAUAUAUCCGUAAGAAAAUUAAUUCAUCCCAUUUCUUCACACUGGGAUGUAAAACCCCUGGUGGCUUUUUAUUUGCUAUGUUUGACAUUGUCAUGCCUAUUUUAGAACAAUAUUGGAAAGUGGCGGUUGCAUUAUUUUCAGUACGUGACAUUUCGUGUCAUGCUUAACAUGCCUUGACAUUUUGUGAUGUGGCGCGUCGUGCAUGAUUUCUUAUUCUCUCCUUUAUCAAAAUAAUAAUAAUGGAAUAAUUGUUCUAAAAUAGGCAUUAACAAACUGAAAAACAAAGUGAAAAGGACAGAAAACGAAAUUUCGUUUUCUAAGCAGUAAAGACUAUAGUUAUAAUCUCUCAAAAUGCUGUUUAGUAGGAAUUUCCAUGAGUAACCACGAGUAACCAGGAUUAGUAUAGUAUGAAAUAAUUAGAUUAUCUUUAAGAGCGAAGUCGGAACAUUUUCCCUGAAAAUUCUCCUGCCCAUAGCAAUCAUGGCUAUUUUAUUGUCGAUGACACCCUUAUUGCAUGGCGGGUCAGCAUUCAUCAAAACAUGGUCUCUUUCAAACUACAAUCAAAGACAAAAGUAGUUGGGAAGGUUGUACAACUUAACAGUAGUCCAUUUUAAUCCUGAAAAAAGAGACUUUUCUCUUUUGCUAAAUAUCCCCCUUCCCCCCAUUCAAUGUUGGGAUAUAACAGAAAUACCAAAUUAAAAUCUUCUAGACUGUAUUUUCGUAAGGCCUGAAAGUAUUACGGAACCUGUAUAAAAGAGUUAACCAGUCAUGUUCAGUGUUCAUAUAGAAAUUGCUGUGCUAGCGUCGCCUGUCAAUCCUUCAGUUAAUUUGAGAACAGUAAACAACAUGGGUGUCCACAUUACUUCAUCACAUUACUCCAUAAGAAAAUGCAAAAUAUAUGCACAAUGAACCGACUUUCAAACAAGAAAAUGGCAAAAACAUGUAAACCAUGUAAGAAUAUGGACAGCUUUUGUCGCAUUUAUCUAUGGGGAUAAAUUUAACAACUGCUUCCCAACAUUACUCCAUUUAAACAGUGCCCCAUAAAGGUCAAUUAGCAAAGUUAGUUUAAUUUUAAUGCUAUCCAUGGAUUAAUGUCGUAUUUUACUUAGAAUUAAGCUCAAAUAUCUAUUAAAAUUCAUUUAGUUAAGUCCUCUCAAAGCCCCGAACAAGUCAAUUAGGCUAUUUUGUCGUUAGCGCUACUAUAAAGGAAUUAUUUUUGGCUACCAAAAUGGAGUAAUGUGGUGUGUGAUGACUUUGCAUGUGUUACCCUUUUUAAUUAGAUUAACGAAGACAAUAGACGCCUUAUUCUAAAUCAAAAGCAUACUUUGUUCUCGUUUUCUGAAACCAGUUUCGAAAAACAGUGCCACAAGACUUUAACUAGAGUUGUUCAGCCGGAGAAAGUGGCCUCUAGAAUUGGGCAAAUCUCCACUCAGCCUCAUAGUUUGCUCGCAUAGCAAAUGGGCAUGUGCUGAAUGUUGCAAAGAAUGGGGGAACUGCUAAGGAAUAUGUCAGCUGCAAUGUCGCGAUCCGAAUGAUUUUUUUGGGAACUGGUGAACACACUAUAUCUUGCUUUAACAUUUGGAGCAUAUCAGUGUAUGCUAUAGUCAAUAGCUUUUACCGAAAAUAACCUUACAUUUUGUAUUUUGGCCCCUUUCCUGUGCCCCGGACAGAGCCAUAGUUGUACUUAAAGGACUGCAAAACAUGUCGAAUAUAAACAGGCGUGUGGGCCAAAAACUGUCUUAACAAGGUACGGCAAAUAUUUUUUGGCAACAGAGUACUGUUCACAAGUGUUUUUUGAAGACGUUUCUACUUACAACAAGUCGUCGAUUUUUGACCUUUUACGGCCACACCCAGAAUUUUCAGACAAUCACAGACAAAAGUAGUUGGGAAGGUUGUACAACUUAACAGUAGUCCAUUUUAAUCCUGAAAAAAGAGACUUUUCUCUUUUGCUAAAUAUCCUCCGUCCCCCCUAUUCAAUGUUGGGAUAUAACAGAACAAUUACGCGUACAAACAUUAACGUUUUGAUCAACAUUGGGCCAGGGGCGGGGGGAGGAAGGAAAAGAAGAGGUAAAAAGGGCAACCUUCCCAACACUUUUGACGAUGAUUGUAGUUUUCCAAUUUUUAACCCUUCGAGCUGAGACUAAUAACACAAUAAUAAAACUAUGUAUUCCCAACAGUUUUGAAGUUAACGGUUUUUGAAUUUUUGAUAUUAACGGUUUUUGGCACGAAAAUGAUGUCAUAAGACUUGAGACUUUGUUCACUAAGACUUUGUUGGCUGAAGUUACCCUAUUUGAGUACAAUGUCUCAAUAAUUUUGUUGUCGAUUGUAGGUUCAGAUGUAGUUAUGGUUACCACCUGCACAUGGUGGUGUAGGCAGCAACAUCAGCUGCGUUAUGAUGAAAACUGCAGCUGUGAGAAUUGCUACCAAAAUAUAACUAUCAGCCAUAAAAAGUUAUUGAAUGGGUGAUGGUGAUAAUAAUUGAUGGUCAGAAUUCAACAGUGAUUUUAUCAUUAAAAGUUUAAUAAACAGCAUUGAGAAGCUGUGCUCUAUGAAAAAAGAGAGGAUGCUAGUAAGGUUGAUAUCUGUAAAAGCCUACAUAAAGAUUGUGUUCAAAUACUAAACUAUCAUUGGACCUCAGCUGAUAACACUUAGGGCCGGUUCAGAUGCCAAACUUUUCAUGAGCCGAACCUAAUUCGAAUUAAGGCCGACCCAAAUUAUUUAGACCAGCUGAAUUGAUUCAGAUGCCAUUCUUAAUUGCAGCUGAACUAAGUUGAAACUAGACUAAAAAUGCUCAUUUUGAUCAAACUGCUUACAAAAUACGUUAUAAUAAUUUAUGCAUUAGGUUCAGUACAUGAAAAGUUUGGCGUCUGAAUCAAAGCUGUUUCAAAGUCGCUUCAAAGGUGAAAUUCCCGGCUGGGCCAGGUGAAAGGAACGGCUGAGCCAUUCCAAAUUAAAAACAGGUGUUCCUAAUUGAUUCAGACGCCAAAAUUUUUAUGUACUUAAUUCAAUGUAUUAGGUUUGGCUCAUGGAAAGUUCGGCGUCUGAACAGGACCUUACUGAGACCUUGAUCAUUUUAGGAUAUCACACAAACCGAAUCUACUGUUAUUGUUUCAUUAUACAUUGUUUUGAAGAAAGUAACCGCAACCCCCUUCCCCGCCUCUGCUUGCAGAUACAGCUGUAACUAACUAAUCUGUAGGUUGCGUUGAUUUCCAAAAUUAUGAUAACAAGUACAAUGUAUAAUAAUAAAAUUAAUUCUGUUGAGUGCCUAGAAGCAAUGCACAUGUAUAAUUUAUAGUGAGUUGCCAGGGGCUUACGAGUGCUGGUAGUGCAGUGUAAGCAGGGCGGUCACUAAGACUUCAAGUUACCAGGUAUAAUCAUGCAAUUAUAAGUCAGUGGGGAAUUGAACAGAUAGGAAUUUCUUUUUGUUCCAUUUUCCUUUUGUUUUUUAUGGAAAUACUGUGGCAGCUGGGUGGGUCACACUUAUAUAGUAGCCUUGGGAAAUCCUUGGUCCCUAUACCCCUCAGCAUUUGUUCUGAGUGUAAGGCUACAUGUAGGAUUAGCUGGUUAAUAUUAUAAUAGGUUUACAUCAAACUGCUUGCUUCAUGUUUUGGGCACAUGGCAAGAAAACUUCAUUUCUGGAAGAAUGCUACGUAUUUAGUUGCUGGUAGGAUUCUGACUUGCAAGUCCACCAUCUUGUUGAUACAGAAGUGCUGGGUAAUCACAGAGUGGGAAAUAUAAUUCUUGCAUAUUGUUUUCUUUCAUGCUUUUACAGAUUGUCAACCAACUUUAACUCCACUAGGGCGGAGUAAAGAUUAUGUUAAUGAUGGAGCCAACGUUUACGAUUUGACUUGGAGCUACAACACUGAUGGACGCACAAUCAAAGAGGUACAACUGAAAUAUGGUGGCUCAGGAAAUAUUGAUAUAACUGUGGCUGGGAUAACUCCCACGACACAACUUCAAGUCAACCCAUUAAGUGGCUACUCAGCUAGCAGAAUCAGCUUCACUAGACCGUUGUCAGGAAAUGUAGGACAGAUCACUUUCCGUAUAUCCAACAUUGUUCAGAGUGACAGCAGGAUAUUUAAAUGUGACCUAUCUUUCAACUCAUUUAAUCCCCCUGAUAUACAAAGCUCUGUUGAACUUGUAGUGGUCGGUAAGUAAAAUAUUAUUUUAUUGUGCUCUGUAGAGUGCUAGCAAUUACAUGUAACCCUUUCCUUGCAGACACCUACCCUAGCCUCCCGUGCGGACAUUCUUAGGGGUUCGUCAUGGGUUCCUGUCCCACAAAAGUCUGCUAAAACGUAUACCUGCCAACUCUCACGCCUGCGGGUUGAAAACUUCGAUCUCACGCCGGCUCACGCCUGUGGGCCAAUUUCUCACGCCUGAUUGAAAAAUGUGAGUUGUUGCCGUCCUGCUUGACACAAUUUCCAAAAAUAUGUUAAGUCAGACCCAUGUAAGGAACGAAAACCAUGUGUAAAAUGAAAAAAAUGGCAAUACCUUCCUCGCGAUCUCUGAUUUUUGAAGUGAAAAGCACUGGGAGCGAGCUCGCCUUUGGCAGACUUCGGCAGACUUCGGCAGACUUCAGACGUCUUCAGAAGACUUCGGACUUCUUCGGGAAUCUUCGGAAAUGAUCGUGUCGUCUUCAAAAAUCCCAGCACUCCCAGGAUAAAAAUCUCACGCUUAUAUCUCAGAAAAAGUUGGCAGGCAUAAAAACGAUCAGUUAUAUUUCUUUCCCAUUGUUCACAAAUGUCAACUGGAGCUCAAUUGUGACUAUCGGAGAACUGAUCGGCACUAUUGAAGUCAAAGUGUUGACCAGCCAAACAACACACAAGCUCAGUAUAGAGUGUGAUACAUUUGCUGUACGUGACCAAAGAGUUUUGCUCUGGACAAGAAUGUAGGAGAUAAGGGUUGGAUUAUUUCUCUCGGUAUGAAGGUGUGCGAACUGAUUGAGCAGUUUGUUCUAAAAGUGAGACGUUUCUGAUCUUUUCUGAAGUCUUGCGCCGAAUUUCUCAAGGUCCAAAGUGCACUUCCCAGAUUGGAAGUGUGCUGUGAUUGGUCUACGUUUUUUCCCUCUCUUUUCAGCAGACGUUUGUGGGGAAGGAGCAUGUGAUGAACCCCUAAGAACGUCUGCGUGGGAGGCACCCUGGUACCCUGAGGAGCAGUUUCCUGAGAGUAAACGUCUUUGGUGCUUAUUGAAAGCACUGAUGGUACCAAGAAAAAGACCUCACUUAUACGAAAUCAGUCUACAGUGUAGGUCAUUUAAUUUUUUGAUUUACGUGGUAUUUUGCAAGGGUUAAUUUACCAGAACAUUCAUGUUAAUACAGUGAAACCUCAAGUGUCCGCUUUAUAGAGGUUUGUCGAUAAAAAUUGUGCAAUGUUUGUUAACUAUUAACAUUCAACAGUUACUAGUAGUGUACUGUGAUAAAGUUCCAUGUUGUUAAGGAAGCUCUCCAGAGUUGAAGUUCAUUACCAACCGGAUAUUGGUCUAAUCUACAGUUUAUUAACAGCUAAAUGUACUGAUUUACUACAAUAUAUAUUUCAAGAACAUAAUCCAAUGCUGCUAUUGUCAAUUCAGUCUAGUGUCUGUUUAAUAGAGUUUUUUAACAACAGAAAUUAGCCAAUUACAAUCUAGUUUAGUGUCUGCAUCUGCUUAAUAGAGGUGUCUGCUGAAUAGGGGUUCGUUAUAGAGGGAAAUCGAAGACAUUAAUUUCAGGACCCGGCUUAGUGCCAGCUUAAUAGAGGGUGUUCGCUUAAUUGGGCGUCCACUUAAAUGGACAGUGUCCCGAUUAUGCGCACACGUGAGCGUCAUCUGUUUUUUCUUCAAAAGACAAUAGACUGUCAUAAUUGACUUGACAAGAUUUCCUUCCGGACGGCACCACCGACGAUGAUUUGUUGUUUACAUUCUCAAGUAAUAUUUUAGAGUUUCAAAGAAGUCUUUCCUCUUAUCUAAAAUUUGGCUCGUGGCAUGAAGACUCAUUGCAAUUUUGUCACUAGCAGGGCCGCCUCACGACCCAAAAAAUCUUGAUCCGCUCGCUUUAAGAACAGCUCUUCUAAUGUUAAACUCGUGUCAGAGGUCAAUAAUUGUUCCAAGUCCAGUAAUAUUUUGCCUGAUUUGCUCACAUUGUAGCCUCAAACGUUUGAAAGACAUAAAUAAAAAUGCAAUCUCAAUGCUAUGAAUCAUCGCAAAGGUUUAAAGUAAAAAAUUAUAUUAUGAUUUCAUGGCACUAGUUUUUCUAACCCUUGUAGAACCAGACAUAUGCAAAACCUAUGCUCAUGCUAUUUGUUUACUAUGUUGGACUAUGUUUCAGCUAUGUUAUGUUCACUACUGCCUAUGUAAUAACUAUGUAACACACCAAACAACAUAGUCUAAAGUAUGUAAAAUCUAUGUUGAAACUAUGUUUAGGCUAUUUGAAAAGCACAUAGCUUUUGAAUACCUAUAUGCAAAUACUAUUCAAAAUCUUUUCAUAGUCUUGACAUAGCUAUGUAUUUACUAUGCAAUAGAAAGUUCUGCUUUUCCUUCCGAUUAGCAUCCUAUGUAUUCACUAUGCAUCAAAGUAAAAUAGCUUUUACAUAGCAUUUCGAUUUUCACUUUUAUUUCCAACAAGUUUCUUAGCUUUUACAUAGUGCUAUGUAUAUUCUAUGCUAUGGGAUGAAACAUAUUGCAGCCUAUGUAUUCACUAUGUGACAUUUUCAUUUAGCUUUAUCAUGAGAUAAAGGCUACACAGCUUUUACAUAAACAUAUUUUUUCCUAUGUCACUCAUAUGAAAAAUAUAUGUAGUCUAUGCGUUUCCUAUGUGAUAUUCCAACAUAGCUUUUAAGUGACUAGGCAUGUUGAUGGUAGCGCUUACAGAAGGCUAAGCAUACUUCCAAAGUAAAAAGCAGUGUUUUACUCUAAAACACUGAAAAAUCAUGUACUAUAAUUUUUUUUUGUGCUUGCAGAUAGUUUCUUAGUGAGAGACUUUUGUUAAGCAUUGAAUCGCUACAUCCAUCAUCCCUGUCUUAACUUUCCUUUCUAGCUUUUCCCUAGAGUUCUUCACUUGAAAUGAUACUUCCAUGCAUCAUUUUCUUCUUUUACCUUGGGUUCGAUCCUUCGUCUUGAUUGUGGACGUCUCCUGAAUAUAACUGCACGGUCAAAACUGCGAAACGCUACCUGCCUCGGUGGAUGUUUGUCAGCCAUUUUGUUUCCACUAGUUCCCAGGGAAGCCCGUGAGUUCCACACAUGCGUAUUUUGCGUUUCAUCGUCACGUGGGCCUUUUCAACCAAUGAAAAGGUGUGAAAAUUGUCUGUUUCCACGCGGGCGCUUUCAAGUCAAAGAAGACGAGCUGUAAGCGUGCGUUUUUACAAGAAGACGCUUCUUUUUACUUCAAUUUACAGUCUUUUUCCUGCCAGGUUCAACAAAAAGUAUUGCUAACGUUGGUAAGUGAUGUUUUUCUCAAUUAAGUUUCGAUUUGCCUUUGUUGUCUCCCCUUUUCGCGUAUCUGAACAAGGAUCGGUCGAUCCCGGGGGUACUCGCAGAAAAAUUGGGUAGGGGUGUGCGGCCCGCUUCCCAAAACCCUUACCCUAUUUAUGACCAAAAUCUGCGAUUUUCCCUACCCUAUUUAUGACCUAACCAAAAAUUUGAUACCCUAUUUAUGACCUGACCCUUAAAGGGGCUAUGUCACCCAACACGCAUGCGCGAGCCAAUGAAAACAAACUUGAAAAAGACAGCCCAACUUUUUCAAGUUGUGUCGGAGAUUUUGGAAGGCUGUUUUUAUCUGUCUAAAUCUCAGCCAUCGUUCGAUAGUUAGCGAAGUUUUGUAUUAAGAAUCAUUCUAUGGUGAUUACAGAACAAUUUUUUGGCGUUAUUUUAAAAUUGUUUGCCUGUGGAAUGUUUUUACGUGGAUUUACUGUGUCCUCUUAUCAGCGGCCGUUGUAAUGGCAGAGUUAAUGACGGCUACUCCACAAUGAGUGAUGGAAUCUUUGAUGGAAUCUUCCCUAUAGUUCACAGGACCUUUCUAUUGAGUUAUUUUAGAGGCUGCUGGCUCUUGGAUUUUUCUUGUGCUCAAAGUAUGUGGACAUAUAAUGAAGCGGCUAUCGAGUUGGCGGCAGCCGUUUUUUGUAAACGAUUACAAGAGCAUCAGGCCAUGAGUUUCGUGGAUUUAAACUAAACUCCUGGCGAAGGAAACAUUCUAAAAUUCGCUAGAUUCCUUCUUGUAUUUAUCUCGAUUCACGGCAAAGAUAAACACGACCGUUUGCUCGUCCAGAUUGUUCUCAACGGACUUAGAGAGGCACCUUAGUACGAGUUAGAUCCUGUAAAUGCCAUGUUUUUGAACUGUUUGUGUUGGAGCAUAAUUUUGGAAAAUAGCAGAGUUUGCUUUCCCUUUUUAUCAACGGACUGCUUAUAGUGGAGUAGUAUACCAAUGAUGCUGGGUUUUUUCUCGACGUCGCAGUGAUUCGCACGAUUGAACAAUUUUUGGCGAUAAUGUAUGUUUCCCUAAGAUCAAAACAAAGACUUGGUCUCUUGUUCUAUCAGCAUCUAAAUUAUAAAAUCAAUAGCGACAGACAAGUCUAAUUGUUAAUGAUUUGAAACAGUCUUGGUCUUUAUCUUCGGUCUAGCGUCUUUUGUAGCUCGUUUGUAAAAUACAACUUCCAUUUAUUUUGUUGAAUAAGACAAUAUUUUGUUGUUGAAUUUUUGUUUGCGCUCUAUUUUAUGAAUGGCAUGCGUUUUUACUUCAAAACUACAAGUAAAAUUGUCGUCGCAAUUUUAUUCUUGAUCUAGCAUAACCAGAGAAGAAACGUUCCAUAAAUUCUAUCGAAAUAUCCCUUAUCUAAACCCAUUUCGCUAAACCUCUCUAAAUUCGGAACCUUGGACGUGACAGAUAACAUGAAGAAAGUCACGCGUUAAAAACAAUAGAAUUUUGACAGUUGAAAGUAAUUUGCAUAACCUCACAGCGCACAUGGAGAAAGUCACGCGUUAAAAACAAUAGAAUUUUGACAGUUGAAAGUAAUUUGCAUAACCUCAGAGCGCAUGCUCUCCAGCUGACAUAGCCCCUUUAAGUCAAUACCCUGUUUCAGACCUGCCUUAUAAUUAUUUCCCUAGUUCAGACCAAUGUUAAAGGCAAUGUUUAUCUGCUUUUAUUAGGUUAGGGGGACAUGAUAAGGAAAUAGCUUCUUCUAAAAAAGUGCAUUCAAGACUACAGUGCAAAAAUCGUUUCCCUAUUUAUGACCAAAAUGGCGGCAAAAUAGCCAAAAUCGAUACCCAAUUCAUGACCAAAACAGCUGAAAAACCCUACCCUUCGGGGCCGCACAUACCUAUAUAGCCCAUAUUAGGGAGUACCCCCCGGGUUGAUCACGCUUUGAUACUCCUUCGUUUCAAUUCUAAAACGUCAGGUUGUUUUUAUGUUCAUUUGCCUUAAAAUCUCCACUUUUCUGUUUGCAGAUACUUAUUCGUUGCAGUCAAUAGGAAACUGUAUGGCACUGAAGAACACGACAUCAGCAAAAAGUCUACACGAUAAGCAAACUUAAACUUGGGGUUUCGAUUCUGAAACCUCCAUGAAAAUACUGCAUUUGUGUUACUAUUAGUGUUCGUGGUAUUAUAUUGCCAUACUUUUUCAAUUUUUCGUUUCAAAACCUAUUUUUUACCAAUGUAAAAGGUAUUCUAAUUCAUAUUUUUAUACUAUUUUUACUAUUUUGGUGAUUUUUACGAAUGUAUUUUAAACACUACAUUUGCUUAAGCAGAUCGAAACCUACAUACAUAAGAGACUAUGUCAAUUCUAUGUAAUUUCUGUUUCAACGCUAGUUGAAGCUUGUGUAUGUGAUAUGUUUUACCUAUUCAAAUGCUAUUAAAAUCCUAUUUCAAACCUAUGCAAAGACUAUUAUUUUGUUCUGUGUUUUCCCUAUUUUAAUGCUAUGCAAAGUAUAUGUCACCUUUAAAAAGGCUAUGUUUUUCAUAUGUUUUUUCUAUUUCUAGGCUAUCUAAAUUCUAAGCAAACCCUAUUCAAAAGCUAUUUAAUCAACUGUUCCCUGUUCCAUUUUACUAUGUAAACUCUAUUUCGGUCCUAUGUGAAGGCUAUUUAUUUUCUAUGAUUUUUCUAUGAGGUUGACUAUGAAGUCUAAAAUCUCUUUCCACAAGCUAAGUAAACUGUAUGUAUAGGCUAUGUGGAAACUAUGUCAUUUCUUCCUUUAUUCCUGCCUUUAAAAACUGCAUAGCUUUUAAGUAGGUUCCGUUUGACUAGCGAAAACAUAGCAUUUUCAAUACAAAAAACAUAGUCCUGGCAUAGAAACAACAUAGGAUCUGGUUAAAGCAAUGUAUGAGUGGUUAACAUAGGUUUUGCAUAGCUUUAUGACAUAGCAUUUGCAUAGAUUCUACAUAGUGUCUGAUUCUACAAGGGAAACCUCUUUGUUUGAUUUUGUCGGCCGUAGGUAGGUUCAUAUUUCAAGUUUACUAACACGUCGUUGGAAAACGUUCCGGUUUACGAAGCUUAAUUCCACAAGACCUCCUCCGCCACAUCAAUGUCUCAAUGGUUUCUUUCUUACAGUCUUUAUUGUUGCUGUUUCAUUUCUGUGCAUUCCUUUCACAAUUAUCUGAGCUUGUAUGGAAGCUAGCAGAAGAAAUAAGCCUUCAAUCGGCAUCAAAAAUGACAAUAAAAAUGACGCCAAUAAAUCCUGAUUUCACCCAAAUCAAAACUUAACGGGAACAAUAUAUCAUUGAUCUGUAAUCCUGAGAAGUUUUAGUGUAGUAUUGAACUCAGCCAAAUGCGAUGCGAAUGGAUUUUUCAAGGUUCUUUUACCCUCCUUAUAUCUUUUGAUUUCGCGACAUCCUGUCCAAAAAUCAAAGUUUGGUGCAUGCGCAGUAACGGGAUACUGUUCCUUUAAUAGAGGUUUUACUGUGCACUGUAACUAAGGACCUGUUUACAUGGAGGUUGGGACACCAGGUAGGUGAGGUAACCUGCUUAGGUGGGGUAAAAAAAUAACCCUCCUUUACAUGUACAUGCAAUCUUACAACCCCGCCAUCCAGGGGUGCACUUUCUCAAGAUUAUUGAAUGGUUGCUAAGCUCGUAAACAAGAAAAUGCUGGCAAACCACGUGUUUUGGCAUUUGAUGCUAUUCUACACUCGCUGCUCUUGCUGCAACCUUCAGUGCUGUGGCAUUCUAUGGUUACCUUUAACAAUGAUGCAAAGCCACUGCCAAAGUGAAUUUUGAGUGAAUUUGAUGUAUUGCGAAUUUGACCCUGGCUAGGUGGAUUACCCCACCUUGAAAAGUUUACAUGGCAAAAUUUGACCUCAGCUGAGAGAGUUACCUGGUCUGGCAGACCGGGCUACCCUACCCAUGAUCAAAUUAAAAUUAGAAAACACAUGGACUGGCAAGUGGGUUACCUCACCUGCCUCAGGUCCCCCACCUCCAUGUAAACAGGCCCUUUUGGCCUGAUGAUACCUAGAAAGCUUUCAUGGACUCAUUUUACUGUUCAUCUACAUGUACUUGUGCUGAAAGGGGUACAUGCAUGUGUUCACUGCAUGUUUUUGCUGAUCAUCUGUGUUUUUAUUAAUCCUCAGUUGCACCAAGAAUAACACUGCAGUCUCCACGUACUGUAACAGUAGAUGAAGGCAACACGAUAACGCUAUUGUGUGUUGCCACUGGCAACCCCAAACCAACUAUCACCUGGACAAAAGGCUCUUCAAUUAAGCAGAAAACCUCGGUUACCAACUACACCAUAUCACCGGCUACCAAAGAAGAAGCAGGAACAUACACCUGUACAGCUCGUGUUACUGCACCAGAACUGAGCGAGCAAUCUGUUAAUUACGAAGUGACUGUGACAGUGAGAUGUAAGUGUGUUCAGUUUGUGUUAAUCAAUAUGGUCUUUUUAAACUGAGUUCUAAUUAUUUGCAUGAAAUGUUUUGUAAAUGUACAGCUGUAUGCCCCAUUUUCCUUAACACUUAAUAAACACUGUAUUUUUCCCAUGGUUUUCUGGCAUUACACCUGUUUCAGGUGUAAUGUUUCAGCCAUGUAAAUUCAGUUUUUGUUAGUUCAAGAGCCAUUUUGAGUUUUUUCUGUUCAUAAGAUCAUGUUUUGCUUGCUUCACCUUCCAUGCACAUGUAGUACGUACAUGUAGUUCAAGCUACAUGCAUUUAAACUGAAGUCUAUUAUGACUGUCUGGUAACGUAGCCUGAAACUGUUUUGUUUGAUGGAAAAAAGUUGCACUAGUAGAUGAUUCAUUUUCCGAUGGAUUCAAAUAAAAUCCACUUAGCUGCCCCAACAAGUUUUCAGGGACUCCUGACAAGUUACCGGUAUUUAUAGGCAAAAUAAAUCCAAAUCAGACAUACGUUUGUACAUUGUAACAUGAUUAAAAACCCAAUAAAGCAGGAUUCAAAACACUUGUUGACAUGUGAGGUGGAGGUGUUAAAUUUGGAAUAGCAUGCAAUCAUUAGAUCACAGAUCACAUGCAAAAAAGCCAGAAUCUGGACUUUUUUCUGAUUGGAUAGGAAACAAUAUGGAUGAUUUGUUGCUGUUCCAAUUGGCCAAAAUGCCGUCAUCCAUUAGUUGUUGAUUUUAGUCUGUAUUUUUUAUUUCAAAAGAGACUUCGCGCCAAAAUUUGAUUCCCAUCUGGUAAAUAAUGAUUGGCUAAUAAUAAUUAUGGCAGGUCAAGCAAACAUUAGAUUAUGUAAUCUAGAGAGCGGUUGACGGCUUGUUAAUUGAAUGUAGCAGGUGUUACUUUUUCCCUCUCGAUCCAAAGAAACAAAAAAUAAUAGUAAUAAUAAUAACACCUGGUCUCAGGUUAAAGGGACAGGUUCACGGUUCAGCGCAUGCUCGUUAACCAAAGUGCUAUUUUUCUGCCGGAAGAUGCUGUAUCAUCUAUGCCAGCAAUAUGAUCAUGUCAUAAUGAAUUGUUGUCAAAGAACCAAUCUGCACACUCCCCUGGCAGUCACUUGAUCAACUUAGGUGCAAAUAGCUGUAAAUUAAUCAACCAUGGAAUAAAACCCUUGGGUCAACAAUUCAUUCAACGUUGGUAGUGUUGGUAUAAUCGACUAAUUUUCUUGCGAUUUUAGUACUCCUCCAGCCCACUUCAGGUUACUGUGAAAUACACUUCUACUUUGAAAUACACUCUGAGAUCGCUGAGGUACAUGUGAGUGGGAUUAUUAACUGAUAGAAUUAAUAAUAAAUUGGAAAAAUAUAAUUUAAUUAAUGAGCAUGCGCUGAACCCUGAACCUGUCCCUUUUAAUUUAGGAAUACAAGUCAUAUAACUGCAUGUACUUAAUAAACAAAUCCAGCUAGUCAUUAGAACAGGACUUGAACCUCUGGAAUGCAAUUCAGCCACACUGACUGAUGGUAGCCUGCGUGUCGUCACAGAUGUAAUCUAUACCCCCAGUUAGUAAAGUCUGCGAAGCAGCACCAGGAUUCUUGUUCUGACGCCCAACAAAUUUCCCUUCAACCUGAUUGGCAAAUGGACAAUGUCAUCUAUGGACAGGCCAAUGAUGGCGCAUUCUCAGAUCCUGAGGUUCAGUUUUGUCUGUCGCACAGGCUGCAAUCCACCUGUAGGAUUAUACAACAUUCUGAAACUGUGUUAAUAAAGUUUUUUUCACAUUUUUAGAUAAGCCUCAAAUAUCUUCUCUGACGCCGAAUCGAACAGUAAAUGAUGGCACUGAUGUGUCAUUCUCCUGUCGAGCUGAUGCUGUUCCCCCACCUACCGCAUACAACUGGUUUAAAAAUGGAGUACCAAUACCCAGGGGUUCAAGUGGAGGUUUUGUCAAUUCUGGUCAAGCAUUAACAGUGACAAAGGUUCAAAAGGGCAGUGCUGGCCGAUACAGUUGUUCUAGCACGAAUGUUGUGGGAACUGGAGAAGAAAGAUCUACCUUUCUUUCUGUUAACUGUGAGUUAUACUAUAAUAACAAGUUCACUAAUAAGAGAGGCUGCUAAGAAAAAUAUAAUUAAUAUUUUUUUCUUUGCAGCCUCUGUUAAGUGAACUUGUUUUCUUACCCUUUGACUCAAACUACAUGUAAUCUUUUUGCAUCUUACUUUAAUACUUGGUCAAUCCAAAGAAUAUCAUAAAAGUUAGGGCUGAAUAAAACCUUAAAUUCAGCUGGCCUUUGGACAGUCAAGCAACACCCUCUUUUUGCUUGCUUAGGACCAUUGUACAAAGGAGAUUCUGACUCAAACUACAAUCCUGGACAAAACUCCUUGAGACAGUACAGCAAUAUUCAUAUUUUUUUGUCAUUUGUCGGUUCGCUCUUAAAACAGUGCAUCCUUUUCGAAAUUUUCUUGCAGUUCUCCCUCUCCCCACCCUAUACAAAGCUGAAAGUCCGAAAAAAUUUUGGAGACAUGCGUCCAACAUUGUUUGUGGGGUGAGGGGAGCAGGGUUGGACCUGUGUGAAUUGGAAAAUGCCCCAGAAAGACAAGUGUCCCAAGACUUUUGUCCGUGAUUGUAGUUUACUUGGGGGGUGAAGAGGAAUAACCAGGUGAUUAUUGCUAAACAAUUUUUUCUUAAAAUUUCCACCCCCUUAAAAAGCAAUAUUUUGUGCUAUUAUUCCAGCGCAAAAAUUUUUUGUUAUUGCAUUGUUCCACUCCCAAAAUGGACAUUAUUUCAAAUUGAAAAAUUCUAUCUUUCUUUUUCUAUCAUUCCUCUCCAGCCCAGUUUGACUUGAAAACUAUGUAUUGGUAAUUAGUAAAAUCCAACUAGUGGUCUAUUAUCAAUGCUGCAUUCUGAUUGGUUGAGCUACUACUAGGUUAUAAUUAUGUUAUAGCCUACUUGUGGUGAAAAGCGCGCACUUUUUGGUGGCAAAAAAGGAUUAAAGUCUAGCUUUAACUAGGUAAAAUUUUUUUAUUCUCGAUAUUUUUGACCAACUAGUUGGAUUUUACUAAAACAACUAUUCCUCUCGCCCUCAUGGCCUCUGAGUCAAAAGCCCAUUUGACCUUCUGCCUCAUAGGCUAUUGACUCAGAGCCCAUUCGGGCUCGAGGAAUAAUUGUUAAUGACGAAAGGUUAGGAAAGUGCAGGCGAGUUUCAGGAUUCUGAUUAAAGUCAAAUCACUCUCGCUUCAAUGCUGGUUUGUUAAGCAUGUUUCAUGUGAUAGAAGGUCAAAACGUGUAUGAUUAGAUUGCAUUCUAUGCAUUUCAUAAUACUUAGUGGAAGUGAAAAUGAGUGCUGGCUACACUACAUAAUAGUAUGUAUAUGUACAUGUAUAUAUGGGCCAAGCAUGUGUAAUAGCAACCUUGAUUCUAUUUAGUUUUUUUGUUUAUUGUCAUUAUCAUUAUCAUGCAUAAUCACUGUUCUCCUUAUCUCACCGCCUGAAGCAACACUUCUUACCGCCUGCAACGGCCUGAAGGUUUACUAAAAUGAAAGAAGUACUUUAAAAAAAUAUACUUAAAUUAAAAUACUAAGUUAUGACCUGAUCCGAUUCCUACUUGCCACAAGGAAAUGAAUGAAUAUAUGGAAAAGUACUAAAGUAUACACAGCUUUUCUUUUUUAUGGGCCACGCAUUUUGGAAGGAGAACAUUGAAGAAAGAGUAAAAUUAUCGGAAUCAAUCGUUUAAAUUGUUGUGUAAAGGUAACAACGGCCGAUUUGCAUAAAAUAAGUCAGAAAAUGAGGGAAUGACGUUCAGAGUACUGAUUAGCUGCUAAAUUUCCCAGCAAGGGCGGGGUCAUGUCCCGCACUCCACUACUCCCCUGCCCCCUAGAAACGUUCACCUCUGGUGCAUAUUUUUUGCCUUACUGGCUAUGAGUGGUCCCUUAUCUGCUGAGCUAAAAUUUAGGGAGAACAUUGCAUUAUUAUCAUAGUUAUUAAUUGUUAUUAUUAUUAUUAUUAUCGUUAUUGUGAGUAUUACUAGUUUAUUUAUUCAUCAGUGUUUUUCUUUCCUUAUUUUAGAUGCCCCCCAGACAGUCACUGUAACACCCAAUCCAGCAGUCGUCAAGCUGUCACAGAGUAUAACACUAGACUGUACGGCUGAUGGUUAUCCUGUUCCAACCUUCUCUUGGCAGUUUAACGGAGCGGUUGUAGGUGGAGCUACACAAAAGACUUAUGCUUUGAAUAAUGCAAAAGUUGAAGAUGCUGGUAACUACUCAUGCCUGGCGAGCAACUUUCGUGGCAAUAAAAAAGCUUUUCGAGUGGUAAAUGUGGAAUGUAAGUACAAUGGAACAGCGGUGUAUGUGCACAAAACGAUGAUAUUCUUGAUACAGUCGAACCUCCAUAUGUGACCACCUCUUGUUAAGCGACAACCCUCUCCCCCCCCCCCCUUCCCACACACACACCCCAAUCCAAACGCCAAAAUUUUCCCAGUCAAAGCGCUACAGUGCAGGUCAGGGGUGCUUUCCAUUAUGCCAAAAUUUCCGGAAAUUUCGGUCCAAACGUAAAUGGAACGGUUUGGCCCAGGUGGAAAUUUUCUGGUCAAAGUGGUCCACCUCCAGAGCUGGUCCGAUCGAAACUUGCCGUUCUAUUUUCAGAAAUUGUCGUUUCCAGUCCCGCUCCAACUCGAUCGUCACUACACACAGUAGUCAAAAUGGCGGAUAGUUCAGAUGUAAGUGUUUACGAGUGCAGUGUGUGUUAGCUUCAGACGCAAGAUCUAAACUUUGUCCUUAUGCUCAGUUGCACACAAGGCUCAGGUACAGCAACGCAUCUUAACCUGUUUUUUCUUCUGGUUCUCAUAAGUUUUUAAAGACAAAUAUAUUACUUGCUUCUCCGAAUGUUGACGAUGUUUUCCCGCGUUUUUCUCUUAGCAGUAUGUGACCCUAGCCCUUACGACAAUACCUAACAAUCAAUUCGAUCAGUUUUGGUUCCGACGUGUUCCAUUUUCCCUUAAUUAGACCGAGUCAGUGGUCUCUGACCGGUUGGUCCGGUAUAAUGGAAAGCACCCCAGAAGUAAGUGAACAACACAAAUUUUAAAAAAAAAUAGUGAACAACGUACACAGGAAACUGACGCAAUGGACGUGUCAGCUCGGACGAGAGUACGCGUCUGCGCUGACGAGUGUCUACGUCAUGAAAAGAUUUUUCUUUUGUAUAAAUUCACCGUGACAGCUUUGCUUUUUGGGGGAAUUGUUGUGAAAAACAAAGCAAAUCCUCGGAUGUAAAGAAGCUUGGUAGUCACUCAUUCUAAGGAACUUUUCAUGACGGAAUUUGACCAUGAUUAAUCGAGAUAAAUUUGGCGACGUUCAGGGUUUCGUUUUUAAAAUAAUCGUUUGGUAUCCUAGGUUUGAAAUGUACAGUGAAACCCCACCUUACGGCCACCUCGGUAAUACGGUCACCUCGUUUUUACGGCCACUUUGAAAUGGGGUUUUCUUUUAAGAGUGUUUAGAUUGAUUUUAUUUUAAUCCAUUUGGUAUUUAUUUCGUCUCAGAUGCUCCCACAGCAACUACUUUUACAACUGGAACUCCAGACAAUGCUGUAGUACAAGGAACAGCAGCAACCCUUACUUGCAGUGCAAAUGGAUAUCCAGCUCCAGUAUAUACCCUAAAACUUGGAAAUACAAUACUUGUCCAGAACUCUGCGACAGGAACAUAUGUCAUCAGUAACGUACAGCUUAAUACUCACGAUGGUCAGGUGUACUCUUGUGAGCCAAGCAAUGCAGAAGGAAGUGGACCACCACAAAGCCUUACUCUCAAAGUACAUGGUAAGCUCUAGCUGGUACAUCUUUCAACCCCUAAUAUACAAUAUCCACAUAUAAAUUCUCCACACUGGCCUCCUUACAUUUCUUUCAAGAAUUAGCUUAGAGAAUCUGAUAAUAGAUUAAAGCUUUUUUCCUCUGGGCCGGGUUGUUCGAAGCUGGGUUAAGAUAACCAGGGUUAGUGCGAAAUUUGAGCUCAGAUAUGAGAGCUUAAAAAGUAAAUCCAGUUUAAUUCUCUUUGCCUAAAACUUGAUGACUGGAUACUCUUAAAAGGAUAGAGAAAAUUAUCCGAGAGAGUGCUUUUGAUAAAAAGAAAAAGAAACCUGGGUUAACAUUUAACAACUGGGCCCUGGUGAUUAUUUCACGUUUUCUCAUAGCUUUUCCUUUUAUAUUAUUGUAUUGAUGUUGUAAGAAGAAAAUUGACAUUGAUCACUUUUGGGACUUGGACACCCUUGCAAGCAGACAGCUCCCUUCUGCUUUGAUGAGAUCUUGCUGUUAGUAGCUGUUUUUGCAGAUCUUUCCCUGAGUGAGAGUCCUUUAGUUCCAGACCAGGCCUUGUUCAAGACUGUGUUCAACAAAAACUCAAAUUUACCAACUCAACUCUCACUGCUCACUUUUGGAAGCAAGGCUUGGCGCAGUGGUGAGAGCACUGUCCUCCCACCAAUGUCGCCCGGGUUCGAAUCCUGCCGUCGACGCCAUAUGUGGGUUGAGUUUGUUGUUGGUUCUGCUCUGGUUUUCCCCUCUCCUAAAAAACCAACACUUCCAAAUUCCAAUUCGAUCUGAAACGCAGGGAGACGUUUCAACGAGUUCUCAUGAACUCCUAAAUGCUCCGUGGGUAAACAAAUUACAAUUACACUGGAUAUGUAGGAUAAAUUUGCUUCCUCGAAACUGAAGUUGCACUCAUUGAAAGCUUGCCGAAGUUGCCAAACGGUUACAGAACCCCAGAACACCGCACCGCAAGCACUGAUCAUCAGCGCGAAUUUCUGAACGGGUACUUGACUGUACAACAUCGCUCCUUCCAGAAAACAAAAUUAUUGUGUCAAAACCUUGCUUCUCGGAACUCGUGACUCGAUCCUCGCGUCUCGAAACUCGCAGCGUAAUCGAGUCUCGAGAAUCAAAUAGACUGUCAACUUAGGGCCUGUUUACAAGGAGAGAGGGUUACCCUUGUGCUAGGGUUACCCUAGCAAGCGGGUUUAAGUUAGAUCUGGUUUACAAGCAAAUUUCGCAGGUAGGGUUACCCUAUCACCAGGGUCAACUUUAACAGCUCUACUGACUUGUUUCGUCAUGCGUGACAUUCUUUGAAACGUCCAAGAUUUGAAAUAAGACUUGAAGUUCUCUAUGGUAAAUACCUUUUACAGUUCAGAAAUUGGAUAAUUCCGUCCAAAUUGUCAAGAUUACUGGUCACGCAUGAUGGAGGAAAGUUGUCCCGGGUAGGCGAGUUAUCCCUAGCUGAGCAUUUACAAGGAAGGUACACUGUAGGGUAACCGUCUUGCUAGGGUAAUCCUAGCACUCAGGUAGAAGGGUUUCCCUUAGGCUAGUGUUAGGGUAACCCUACCUGUCUUGUAAACAUGUCGUGUAAUAAAAGAAGAAAUGUGUGAGUGCUGGGGUAAACCCUAUGACAGGGUUGAAAAGUCCAUGAAUUUCAGGGGAAGUCCUUGAAACGUCCUUGAAUGUAGCGGCCUGGAAAGUGUUUUUUGAUGCUUUUUGGUUGUCCAAGACAGAAUAUGAAUCAUGGCUCAGAGAAGUUAACGGUUAUUUACACAAAGUGCUCAAUGUUUUAUGCAAUAAUUAACUAUUAAUUUAAGACAGGUGAACUGAAAAAUGUAGAGAAGUUGGUGAAGCAAACAGUUCAAGUCUUAUUAGAAUAGACUGGGAAUGUGCAGUUUUGUACAAUCUGUAAAAUUAUAUUCCUAGUAGGUGGUCCUGGAAAAUCUAAUGUAGUCCUUGAAAAGUCCUUGGAAAAUGGUUCAAUUUUGUGUAUGAACCCUGUAUGAGUGCUAGGGUUACCCUGCCUGCCUUGUAAACAUGUCGUGUAAAAAAAGACGAAAUGUGUGGGUGCUAUUGUAACCCUCUUGCUAGGGUAACCCUAGGAGCAGGGUCACCCUCCUUCCUUGUGAACAGGGCCUUACUUUUGAGCGGUACUGUAUACAGUUUUUUUUCACACAAAAACUGAGGCUUUUCACCUUUUUUUUCCUAUUUUUUAUGCUGCCCUGUAUAAGCAGUUGUAGGGUUGCGUUUUGUGCGUGUACAAGGCAACUCCAACAGGGAAGAGCCACCCAGUGGAUCUGUUAAUAAACCAUUAUUAUUAUUAUUAUUAUUAUUAUUAUUAUUAUUAUUAGUACUUAUUCACCUCAUCAUAAUAACAAUAAUAAUAAUAAUAAUAAAUAAUAAUAAUAACAGAAAUAAUGCCUGCCCGUUAAAAUACAUAACAAACGUUACAGAGAGUGAAGUAUACAAAUCAUGAAAAUCGCACAAAUUGUUUACAGUUAUCAUAUAAAACCUGAUAAAACAUUGAAUAUCUAUAGUGUUAAAUUUCUAAGUUGUAUUUAAACCUUAUUCUGUUAAAGUAACAAUUCUUAAAACUUUCUGUAUUAAUCCUUGGUAACUGACUUGACUCAGAGGUUAAUUUAUUUCUUCUGUCCCUAAUGCAGAAGAUAGAAAUCACAGUUAUGAAUUUUUAUUGCUGGUUAGUGCUCUUCAGAACAGUUCACCACGUGCUUUUUGCAUUAUCUUUCACAGUUCGUCCAAGAUUUAAUCCUCCUCAGACACUGCCAACAACCAAACAGAUCAAGAACGAGACUCAAACUAUGGACUACACUUGCACGGCUGAAGCCAAACCUUAUGCAAGCAUUCGCUGGAUGUUAAAUGGGCAGAAUCUGACCAACAUCCCACCUUACAACAUCACAGAAAGAAUUGCUGGCCCAGCACCUUCAAAACUCUUCACGACCUUUGGAUAUCUAAACAUAAAGCAUCUUACGUGGCAACAGUAUGGAAACUUCUCUUGUGUGGCUAUCAAUGAUGCUGGCUCUGUAAAGCAAAACACGGAACUUGAAGUCAGAUGUAAGUCGUGAAUACCAUAAACUGCUGUUUAUAAGCUCCUCUACUGAUGAGCCCCCCUUCCCCCUUACAUCCGAUUAUAAUCCCCCCGGAUAUAGUGCCCCUCAUAAUGUAUUGAGAUGGAUUUGAUUUAUUUUGAAGUUUUGAUGCUUAAAUAAACACUAGCAGUGAUUUUAUUACAAACAGUUGUGGUGAGUCCUGGGACUUAUCUUGAGAGAAAAUCGCGAGUCACAAUCCAGAAUCGAUGAGCCCCAAUUCAAAAAACAACGAGUCCUCACUUGAAAAUGCGUGGGAUUUUAUCAAACCAGACAUUUAAUUAAGGGGCUGUGUCAAGGCAGUCCAGUUCAUUUUGUUUAAUUUUAGCGAUUACUCGCCCUCAAUAGCUAUAGAACUUAAAGUAAGCAAAGAAAUUACAUGUAAAUGACAAAAUCAGAGAUCCGUGACAAACAGAUAAUUAUGUCUCCUGAGAAUUAUUUUGAAGUUGCAAGCAGCAGGGAUCAACUUUGAAAAACUGUUAGGCUGAACAGUUUUCAAAAACCUUAAUUUCAAUCCGUUUCAAUCGUCUUCAGUUUUGCCCAUCCGUGGCAUCUGUUGUUUCUGUUAUGUUAUUUUAAGCUUCCUUUAAAGUUUUAAGCGGUUUUUUUAAUGUGUCUUUCAAUUGAACGGGCAUUUUGUAAUUUCCUAAUUUGGCUGAAUUUCGUGACACAGCUCCUUUAAUCUGAAGACAGACUCCAAAACUCCAUAGUACAGUAUACUGAAAUUAAAAUACUGUCCUAUUUUAAAGUACAGUUCUAUUUUAAAGCAUAACAAAGGCUAAAUGAAAUAUUUAACCUUUGUUUUGUGGUAAAAUAACAGCCAUGAUAACGGCCACAGAAAUCACUCGAAAAGGAUGUUCCACAAAAACACAUCUUCAUCUUGGCCAUGCCAUGCAUUAUUUUGCGUCUUUGGGGAUGUUAAUGCGUCAGAGAUGCAGGACGCAGAGGUAACCAAUUCACUGCACUAGUUAAUGCAAGACGUAUUUCUAUCAACACUGACAUAGCUUCUUUCGAAACGCUUUUUCUAUUCAGGGGCGUGGCCAGCUUUUCGACUAGUUGUAGGCCUGGCUGACUUUCAUUUCAACAUAUCCCGAAAAUUGCACGCAUGACCAGUACGCACUGACCUCACCAACACUUUGAGCUCUUAAGCUUUUCAGCUCACCACAACAACCCAUUAUUUUUUACAAGCGGUAGAGUGAUCAAACCAAAAAUUUGUAGGCCCGGGCUCCUGCUAUUCCAGUUUUAUACCCCCUUGGAUAUAAACUCCUCGGUUCAUACGUUCUCCUAAAACCCCCAUGCAAAGAUGUAUAAGGCUUAAGCCCGGGGCUUAUUAAAAGCUAACGUUUACGGUAUUAUUAGGUCCUCUAUCAGUACUCGAAAGAAAGUAAUGAAUUCCAGCUGUCACAUUUUUCUUGCUUGUCUUUGUUGAUGGUUCAGUUUCAAGACGUUUUGCCCGAAUCUUCGCUUAUUGGGAUUCAAGUGACCUUAAAGACUGCCUGGCUAGAAAAUCUACUCGCCCAGGAUGACUGGCCCGGGCCGGGGAUUUUUUGAUGCCCUGAUUCUAUUCUAUUAUAUAAUGUGAAGUAGAGAAUGCGAGUGAUGAUAACAACUCCUCGAAAUCACCGAAAUUACAAGAACAUUCCAUCAGGUUUACCCCUUCUUGCAGUGAAUUGCUGGUUUUCACAUAACGUCAUCAAAAUUCAAUACUAGAGAAUUAUCAAUCAUCUUGAGUUUUUACCUUCAAGAAGGAUUAGAGCAGCUAAAAGCUCAUAUUCAUGCAAAUUUUCACCCCGAAAGGGCACUUUGUUUUAUGAUACAGUACGCGUGAAUUUCUAAACCUUUGCCUGAUGCGGAUUUUACUUGGCUGCCGAUAUAUCUGUCAUGGAGGUUAAAAGAAGGGACUCAUUUUGGGGGAUUUUGAUAUCGGAACAGUCAUUGUACUUGAAAACAGUAUUGCAGUACUUAUUUUAAGAGUUCUUAAGAGAUGAAUUACGCUUUCAUAGCAAAACACAGUAACAGAUGUUUCUGUUGGCUUCGGGCCGUCAUGUUGGUAGUCAUGGACACCAACAUGACACCAUACACCAUACAAUGCUCUCUAAAGUUUGGGUAAAACAUUUCUCCGAAUAUCUCGCAUAAUAUUAUGAAAAAUUGCACUGACCGGAAUCUUGGUGAGAAUCUUUGCAUAUUUAUCUCCUUUCAUAUUCCAGAUUCUGUGCUUAGUCUAUUCAACGGUUUUGAUUCUUAUUUUUGAUGGCAAGUGACAGGGAAAACCAGCAGUACACCUCGCUCACCGACCAAAAGGAGAUCCCCUGAGGUUUUGAUGUUCUGUUCAUUUUGUUAUCAGAUCGACCAGUCGUUCAGUCUCCUGCUGAUCAUCCUAAAAACCUCACCCUGGCAGUAGGAGAGACGGCAACUUUCAACUGUAAAACAAUCGGCAACCCACCAACCACAGCUUACAAAUGGCAGUUUAAUGGAAAUGAUUUGCAAGGAGAAGCGUGCAAUAAUUGCCCAACAACAACUUUAAGAAUAGGAUCAGUAGAACGAAAGGAUGAAGGAUGGUAUGGCUGUGUUGGGACUAAUUCAUUGGGGGAUGGGCCUCCUGCGAAAGCACAGUUGCUUAUUAAACGUGAGUAACCAGUGGCUACAAUUUCUGAUUUCAACCCUUCAAGUUCCGAUAUCGGCAUACAAAUUCUCCAGAAUGAACUCCAUACACAUUUUCCCUUAAGCAGAGUUUGUCAUUCGCCGAAAGUCAUGAAAUUUAAGAAUUUCAUUUUCCAAGUCAUAGAAAAUUAAAGUUUGUUAUGUUUCGUAGAUAGGUUACUGCAGUUGUCAAAACAAGAAAGAUAGAGACAAGUGAUUAAACAGCACGAAUGGCACCCUUUUUGGGGAUACCAGAGUUUGUCUAAUGAACUAAGUUAGGUCAAAAACUACCCUUUGUAAUGUUUUUGAACUAACUCAGCAAUGCCCAAACUGACAGUCUUUCUACAUUAAAUCCCUUAAAUUAUACAACAAAAGGGCUUAAAGUGACUUACAUUUUUCUUUGCCUACAGCCUGGCUAUGUUCAUGUGCAAAAACAGGAAAAAAAAUCUUAUUAACUUUAUGUCUACUAGUGUAAUUUUCUAUUUGUGAACGUUUUUAUAUUUUUACAAAGAAAUAAAAUCUAAGAUGUACCGUUAAAAUUGGACUUUUUGUUCAAGAGUGAGAGUGUGCAGUCAACGUGACCGGCGAGAGAAGUCUUUAUCUUGCGCCCUGGUUUAUCAUCCUUCUUUCAUAAUCUCAUCUCCUUUGCGCGUGCAUGCUUCAUUUUCGUGGAGAGUAAGGAAUGGUAUUUGAUUUUUUUUUUAUAUAUAGGCAAACCAACAAUUGACUAUUUUCCUAAAAGUGUGUACACGGUCAAUGAAACCAACAACAUCACCAUGGUGUGUGGAGCUGAUGGCGUCCCUAGACCAACCAUUACUUGGAAGAAGAUGAGCAGUGGCAGGAUUGUAGGAGAAGGGGAAGAGUUUCUUAUCGUGACCACUUCUGAGACUGAUGAUGGUGUAUACAUUUGUUUUGCACAAAAUGAGUUGGGCGAUGAUUCCAAAGGAGUCACACUCCAGGUUCAAAGUAAGUGUUUGGCCGGAUGAUUAGUGGCUGGGUAGUAUUAGAGACGUUUUAAAUUCUAAGACGAAUACGACUACGAGUACGAGAUUUUCUCAAUACUAAGUAGUGUACGCGCGUGAACCAGCGUCAAUUUGGCGGGAAAACGUGGUAGCCGUCGUCGUUCUACUACGAGUUUUCGCGCGAAUGUCGUGGUGGCGAAAACAAGAUAUCAAAUGUUAAAAGUUUUAUUAUUUUUCUAUCGGGAGAGCCUGUAACCUCCUUCUCUAAAGAUAACAAUGCUAACUUUUCCAGUGAAAAAUGGCAAAAUGAAGCUUUCCGGGAAGUCUAUAUUUUGAGAGGACGCGAAAACACGUCGGCUCAAAUCUCGUACUCGUAGUCGUCCUGGUAUCUAAAGGUCUCUAAUGUUAUGUUACGAGGUAACCUGCGUAGAAAGCGUUUUGUAGCCUGCGUCGCAGACGUAAUUUAUUCCCGGUUAGUAACGUCUGCGAAGCAGCGCCCAAAUCCCCGUUGUGGGCCCCCAACGGACUCAACGAAUUAGGCCAUCCCCAUAAAAUGUUUCGUUUCCCAUCGCCCUCCCUGAAGGUGGAUCGGUCGGUCGGGCAAAAGAAAAAAGAGAGAAGAAUGAACACUUGAUUGCAUAUUAAAUCUCACGUUUAGUCUGCAAGAUAUAAUCAGAUGGUAAAAGAUGUAUAUUAACAGGACUAUCAAAUGUCUAAAAAGGCUACAAAAACGAAGUAUUGAUGAUAAUUUAAGACAAUUGGUGUUAAUAAGACAAGAUCGUGUGCUUGUAAAUUAAAGUACUUGCUUCUUUACAAGUGAUUCUGGAAUUGUUUUUUUACUUUUCCGAAAAAAUGGGUCGGUCGGGCGAUGGGAAACGAAACAUUUUAUGGAGAUGGCCGUACCGGAAAUCGACAAUGGCCUUUUAAACAGGCCAAUCAUGACGCGUACUCAAAUCUGGGUACACUGGUGGGGGGUCCAGUAGAAGGAUUUCGGCGCUGUUUCGCAGACGUACUCAACCAGAGUUUUAUAGUUUUGUCUGUGGCGCAGGCUAGCGUUUUGGCGCGAGUUUGUCGACAAAGUUAUUCUAAGAAAACAGCCAACAUUGCACAACGCCACCAACGGUUUCCCCGCGAGAUGACGUUUGAGGAAGGAGCCCAGAAAUUCUAUACUGAUGACUUUCACUACCCUGAUAUGGGUAUUGCUUCUGCUUGUUUAAAAAUUUGUUUCAGAGGAGAGCUUAGUAUACGGAAGUCCCAGGUUCGAUUGUGCGUUGUGAACUUCAUUCUUUUCAGUAGAAACACACCGUCAAACACAGGUCAACACUCGUGAUCUUUUACUGAGAGUAAGCCGCUGCCUCUUUUUGACUUCUGCAAAUGAUGAGAUCCUUAGUCCUCUCAGAUAAGGAUGAAAAACAGUACACAAUUAUUUCUGGCUGUGACCCUCCCCCCCCCCCAUGUUCCUUGCUUCCUUGCUUGGUCUUCAGUUCAGUAGGUUAUGUCUGUGUAUGACUGUGAUGGGGGAGGUGGAAGAGGGGAUCUCUUUUAUGGAGCGCAACUGGCUGGCCGGACCAUGGCUGGACCAGUCAGUUUAGCAUUGAAGCUUUUCAAAGAGUUUUUUGCUGAAAAAGCGACUCUUUUCGGCUGCUUUCGCGCAUGCUAUUUAGGAUUUGACUGAUCUAGCUGGAUAGUUUUGAUUAAAAGUGAAAUUCUCAUUACGACAAGAAUGGUCUGGCCAGUCAGUUCUGACAAAUGAAAAGAGCCUUUGUCUAGGGUUAAACUCUUGAUCACCCUUCUGUGAAGCGCACAACGACUGCCUAGCGUAGUGUGACCUGCAUUUCUAAUCAAAAUUUGUUACAGCUCGCCCCACUAUUCUGACAUCUGCUCCUAUAACUACAAAUAUCCCUGGCGCUACUGGAGAGCGGGUGGAUUUAACUUGCAUCGUCAAGGGCAAGCCAUCACCCACUCUGUCCUGGAGACGAGAUCCAAACGGAGAUGAUCUCUCAGCUAUUGACGAGAAAGUUGAGAGCAUUACCAAUCAUUUGAAGGCUACUACCAUGAAGAUCAUUGUCACUACAGCAGGGAAAGAAGUCGGUGAUAAGUUCUACUGUGUUGCUACCAAUAUUCUUGGUAAUGACACACAGCAGUAUAUUAUACGAGAAAGAGGUAGGUGCUGGUUUAGUUGCUAGCAGUGAGAAAAAAAAAAAAAGAAACCGUGAGACCCAUUUUCCUCCCCAAGGCAUCACAUAUCAAACAUCAAAUCAAAAAAAAAAAAAAAAAAAAAAAACAAUUAGUACCGUGGAAGAGUACUGCUGGGAAAGUUACUGAUGGUCACACUGCAGGAUUUCAUCCACAGACUCAAUAGGUACGAGCCGCCUUGUGACAUCAUCAUAAACAGUAGCACAAGAAAGUACUGCUCAGUAGCUUUCUUUUGAAUGGUCACACCACAGGAUUUCAUCUACAGACUCAAAGGUCGGGACAAAAGUUAGAACCAACUUGUACAGCAUAACAAACAGAACCACAGGAAAGUACCACACAGUAUCUUUCGUUCGGAAUGGUCACACCAUAGGUUUUUAUCCACAGACUUAAACGUUAGAACCACCUUUAACAGGGUAAAAGUGUAGCAAAUAGUCAGAUCGCAACUACAAUCCCCGGUCAUCUCUUCCCGCUGCUGGCAAGUCUUGCGAAGAGAGGUGGCUGUUUUCACCGGCUACCACUUCGUUGCCCGCAAGUUGUGCGAUGUAAACGACCCUCACUGAGGCUAACAUCACGCGGCUCCUGGACGAAUUUUCGACCGGCUGUAAAAUUUGACCGGACAGUUCUUUGGCACGGAACCGUUCAACAGUUGGGCUCUGUUCGAACGGAACUGACGACGAAGUAGGUUGAAUAUUCCGUUUUUUUAGUGGUUUUACCAUCUGCCCAUGCGCUGCAGAGUGUUACUUAGAUUAUACUACUACAUGAGAAAUUUCUGUAAUUUGAUUGGUUUAGAGCAGUGGUAUUUCAACUUAAUUUGAAAUACCUACAUGUGAAAAUUACAAACCUUUUGCGGGUAGUAGUAUAAACAAAUAAUAGCAUGAUUUGUACGUGAUAUUUGGCAUAAAUACCACCCGUGAUAUUUCAAAAUUGUCUCAAAUUUCACUCGCCUAACCGCUCGUGAAAUUACGUAUAACAAUUUCGAAACGUCACUCGUGGUAUUUAUGCCAAAUAUCACUACUAAUCAUGCUAUUACCGAUACAAAUCCAAAAUGCUGUCUGCCAGCUGAAUUACCACUGAUCCAUGCAACCGCGCUUUUUAGUACGGAAAUUUAGACCGUUACGGUGUUCAUACUACCCCGGUCAAAUUUUCGACCGUACCGGCGAAAAAUUUUACUUCGAUUUUGUAGUCAAAUUUUCGGACGGCUAGGCAUCUAAAUUUUCGUCUGGUAAAAGGGACUAUGCCACGAGGAUAUUGUUGUUUGAGGUAAAUUCUGUGCUUAAGUCAUUUUAGUGCCUUCACCCAUACACAAAAUGCUCUUGUGUAGAGCUAUCAAACAAGUUUUAUGCAGGAACAAUAACCAUAUUUUUUUUUGUCAAUUUUUGGAGGCAUAGCUGUGGAACUUGAAAAAAUUGGACCAACUUUGUAAAAUUUUGAUUCUUUUCCAUCCUUGCCAUCCAUCGCAACAGACGACAUCAAACAGUUUCAAUGCUUUAAUAGAGUCUUAAAUAACAAAACUGGACCAUUAUAUUUUUUGUAAUUCAACUGAUGCGAAGAAACGUUUUAGCUUCGUGACAUAACCCCAUGGGCCUUAUUCACACGGCGGCCAUAUUGUCCCGAGAGACUGAAAAAGCUUUGUUUUACCUCCCUCGACCUCGCAGUGAAAAACUUGGGGGCGAGGCUAGAAAGGUAAAACAAAGCUACUUUAGUCUCUCGGGACAAAAUGGCCGCCGUUUGACAAGGACCCAUGAAGGUGGUUCCGUGUGAACGUACCACGUACGUGUGAACAUAGCCUGAGUGGCAACCCAACAACACUGUUUUGCCAUGGGAUUCACAGGGCCUCCAGAUCCUCCUCAGGACGUGAAAGUGGUUCCUUUCUCAGUACCCGAUUCGCAAACAGUGAGUGUGAACGUAAGCUGGACUCCUGGUUACAAUGGCGGCUAUGAUCAGCAGUUCUCAAUUCAUUAUCGUAAGAAAGGAAGCGGCAGCGAUUUUACGGAAGUAGUCAUUGGUCUUCCCCCAAAUGAUAUGCACACCGUUCAACAACUAAGCCCUAAUACAACAUAUGAAUUUAUGAUGCAAGCGUCGAAUCAACUGGGAAAUAGUGGAACUUCACCUUUGGCUCAAGUUACGACCACAGGUAACAAAGAAAUAACAUUUCUUCUAUCAAUCAGAACUGUCAUUGAGAGGCGGGGGCAAGGAAAUUCCCCCGAUUACUAUGUAUGUGACCCUCGGUUAUUUUUAAAUAGAAGAAACAUACAUGUAGCACUAAAAGAAAUCGCUAGCAGUUUUAUUCGCCGCCUACUUGUUGUAUUUACCCGGCAAGUUCAAAUCUUAGUGAUAUCCCUGAUCAAAUACCGUAUUUCCUCGAAUAAGCGCCCUCCCCCGAAUAAGAACCCACCUCCAGGCCAAAAGAUCAAACAAGCGCCCGUCUCGAAUAAGCGCUACCUCCCCCUAUCACUUUCUUAAAUAGAAGGGAUAUAAUGAAAACCUGUUUCUAUAGCCUCGUUGUUUAUAAGUGAUACAUCGUUGUGUUAAGUGUUUAAUGGGACCAUGUUACGCUGGUUUACCAAAAGGAAGAGAAUUUAUUAAGCGCACCUCCUUUUUUCGAGGAAAUACGGUAGGUUUUAUUAAGAAAACUUUCGACCGGAAGAGGUUCCAAUGCUUAGGUUUCGAGCGUUGCCUUCGUCAGGGCUAACGCGCCACUUUAGAAUCCAGAAAGGGACUGGAGCCGAAACGCGUCCUGCAAUUGUUUCUGGGACCGUUACUGUGGAGGCGCCGGUGAGUUAUUAGGGACUUUAAGAUCCAACGACGCGGACGGUAACGAGAACGUCCAAAAAAAAAAACAACAACAAUAGGUUUUAUUAGCAAAACAACAACUUUUUUGUACAUUUCUUUGCCCAUUUUUGCACGACCACGACGUGAAAAUGCCUAAUUUCGCGUUUUAUGGAGUACGUAAACAAGUCAAACAAGCACCGACGAAAUUUUGUUUCUCUUACUGCACUUGGAUAUGGUCCCUAGGAAUUCAGCUCCAGAAGGGUUCUCCUACAUUUGACAAAGUAAGUGGGUAGGAAUAAUUUCGAUAAAGACUGAAAGAACGCCAAUUCACUUUUUAAGCGACGUUCUCAUUGCCGUCGCGUCGUGGAUCUUACAGUCCCUAUUAGGGAGCUUAAGCAAGGACGACGGCGACAGCAACGAGAACGGAAAAAAACAAUAGGUUUGAGCCGUUUAUAUUAGUAAAACAACAACUGCAGGUGUAUCACGCCUUUUUGUACUUCUCUUAGCCGUCGUUGCACGACUACAACGUCGAAAUGCCUAAUUUCACGUUUUGUCGAAGACGGGAACACAAGACAACAACUUCUUUUUCUUAUCCUGAAAUUUGAUACUGUCAUUUUAGAAUUCAACUCCAAGAAACUUUGCCAACACUUGACGAAAUAAACGAGAUGGAAUAAGCGCGAUAAAGUUUGAAGCAGCACGAAUUCACUUUUAAGUGAUGUUUUCGUAUCCGUCGCCGUCGUUGUUGCUUAAGCUCCCUAUUGGCCAAUUCCCUGUCCCUGGUAGCCGUCCCAGAAGUCCUGGCGAAAGUUUACUCGCCCCAGUUUACUUCUCGUCUUUAAAGUGGCGAAUGGUAUCAAUAGAGUUGAUAAGACCAAAUUGUUGUGUUUCACUCCCCAACCAAUGUAUCGCCACAGUUUCUUUCUUAACCUGCUACGCCUCUUUGAGCUCGUUUGUCUUGCACGUGAUUUCUCUUAGUCGUCAUAAUCAGUUUAUCUGUGGUUGGUGACCUUUUCAUUGUCUUUGUGUUUUUAGCGGCAACAGUGGACCCAGCCAGAGGGUCAGGUAAGCUUUACAGUCGAGUCAGGCCUUGUGAAUGAAUCGAUUAUUUGAAAAGAGGAAUCUGUUACCAGUGUUAGCCCUUGUCGCAACCAGUAUCAAAUUCAAAUCUGCGUUCAUGCAUGCGUAAUGAGUUGUGAUUUAUUUUAUGAUACCUUGUUUGGAUGGAUAAAAUUGCUUUGAAGACAUUUACAUCAAAUUCGUGGAAAUAGAGCUGAUGGAAUUUCAUAACUACCUCGCGUGUGAAUUCACUGCUCAUUUUGCAUGCAGGAAUGCAGAGAUGAAACUGAAAUCAACAACCACCAACGGAUUCAACCUUCGAAUAAUGCACUCAUUAACCCAUAAGCCCCAAUAUCCACAUACAAAUUCUCCAAACUGAUCUCUAUACAUUUUCUUAAAGAAUGUGUGGAGAGAAUUUAGGAAAAGAGCAAGGCAUUUUCUCUUAGGUGAUCAAUUUAUUAAUUCUCAUAACCUAAUCUCGUGACAAUCGAUGGAUAUGGUUAGGAGAAAAUUGAUGUUGGUCACCAUUGGGACUUAAAGGGUUAAUGGAAUCUUUGGGGGUACGCUUGACCUGGCUUUUAAUCUUGAGUUCCUGUGUGUCCUUAAAGUUGUUCUUAUGGCUGACAGUUAGCGGUGAUGUGGCCUUCGAAUACAGCUGUCUUUCACCACUCUGGACGUUUCGCGCAACGUCCUAGCGACGGAGUCCUAUGAGGGGCGGCUGUAUUCGUAGGCUAACGAAGUCGUUGUUCAACAAGUUUUGACUUGCGAAAGUCGAUUCAUCCCCUUAUAAACUUGCGUCGCAAAUGAGUACCGCCAGGAUCACAAGGUCAUUCUUCUGUAAUAGAAACUGCAGUGGGAAUUUUGUGAACUUGAAUUUUGAAAUAAAAUUGGAGUCCCCAUACUCGUUUAGGAGCAACGAUAACUUGUAUAUACGCAAUAAUUCCUUUAAGCCCCAAUAUAUACACGUACAAAUUCUCCUAUACAUUUUCUUAAAAAAUGAGUUGAUAGAAUUUGUUAAAAGAUCAAAGCAUUUUCUCUUAGGUGAUCAUUUUAUUAAUUCUCAUAACCUAAUCUCUUGAAAUUGUAUGGAUAUCGUUAGGGGAAAUUGAUGUUGGUCACAAUUGGGACUUAAAGGGUUAAAUACCAAUAUGUUUCUUUUUCUUUUUACGGGUGCAUGCUUUUAACACGUUUCAGACGAUUGAUCCUUUUUCUGCAUUUCUGCAUGGAGAAGUAGUCUAUAUUUUUUUCCCAGAGAAAAAUAGCUACUGCUCACUUUAAAAAAAAGGAGACAUGAUACUUCACCAUACUCGUUGAAGAGAAAAUGGAGAUUUACAUCUGUGGGAAGCUCCAGCCUUAAGGCAAAAGCCGGUUUUUUUAAAUGUGCGCGUGCCAAUCACGCGUAAAAUUAUGCGCAGUAGGGAUGCGCAAUGGGAUCAAUUUAGAUUUCUUGGAAACUGCCCACCUACCCCUCCCCUAAGUCAUCAUUAACACGUACUUCUCACUUAGGGCAAAAUGUUGGGUUAGGGGAGGGGUAGGCGAAUGCAGUAAUAAGGAAUAACUUAAAAGAUGUUUCCUUGUUUUCCUCUUUCAUUCGUUAGUGACAGCGACAAGAGUAGCGGACGACCCAACAGAAAUAGUCGUAACUUGGACAGUGACAGAUAACCUGGUAAACAAACUGAAACUUGAGAUUUUGGAGGACGGGGAGGGGAGCUGGUCGGCUGUGUCUGGUGCCAGUGAUAUGACCACAUCUACAACCCAGUUUAGGGUGAAAAACCUUAAAGCUGAUGCCAAAUACAAGUUUAGAUUGGACAUGAGACGGCCUGGAGAAAACAAUCCUACAUAUGUCGAGAGUAAUGAAGGUAGGUCGCGCGUCAAAACCUUUUUAUUUCUAUUAGCCCUCAAACCCUAUUAUCAGCUUGUAAAUUCUCCACACUGUCUUACACACCUUCCCUACUGUAAUGAUGAAGAAAGUUUGAAGAGGAACCGGAGAAAUUGUGUGCUUUUAUGUUUUAUCGAAAGGGUAAAGAAACGACGAUGAAUUUUUCGUUUUUCCUUUGAACUUGGAUACGUUUCUUAGGAAUUGAACUCCAGGAGAGUUCGUCUACAUUUGAAAAAGUGAGCGAGUUGGGAUAAUGGCGCUGAAAGUUCAAAGAACUAGACGUGACUUUUUUAGUGAUGUUUUCGCCGCCGUCCUCCUCCUGGUAUCAUGGAGGUUAAGCAACAAUGACGGAGAUGGUGGCGAAAAUGUCGCUUAAAAAGUGAAGUUGCGCUGCCUGAAACUUGAUCGCGCUAAAUUCUUCUCGUUUAGUUCGUCAAAUGUUAGCAAAUUUUUUGGAGUUGAAUUCUAAAGGACUGUAUCAAAGUGCAGAAAAAGAAAAGGAAAGUUGUUGUCUUGUGUUCCCGUCCUCGACAAAUCGUGAAAUUAGUCAUUUUCACGUCGUAGUCGUGUAGGACGGCAAAGAAGUCGUCGUCUUGCUGUUUUUGCUAUGUUUUUUGUUAUGAUUACGCCUAGUUCCUGCUGUAGUUUUUACUCUUGAAACGAGUGAGGUGUCCGCCAUUUUUAUUUUUACAGCCAAAAUAACUCAGCCUCGUUCCCACGGUGCCUUAACCUGUAAGAACGCUGCAAUAAGUCAAAAUUCUUCCAAAUUUGGUCUUCAGUAACUGGUUAUGGUGAAUUAUGCGUGUGCUUUUAGCCAAUCAGAAUUGGGGAAAUAUUUUGAAUGAAUAAUAAUUAGCAAUUAAUGAAUUCGGCUUUCGCAGCAUAUGAAAAAUUAAGCAGAUCGAGGAGUGUGUUAUCCACCUCGGCGUUCAGCCUUGGUGGAUAACCCCCCCCCCCUCGAGAUCUGCUGAAUUCUUCAUAUCCUACGAAAGCCGAAUUCAUUAAUUGCUUUAUUUUUCAUUCGAAAUAAUUCCUAGUUUAAAAACAGAGCUAAAACAUGCUUACCUGCAUCGAUGUUAAGUUUACCUUCGAUAGUGUUUUUGCUAUGUUUUUAGCCAUUAUUUUGCCUAGUUCCAGCUGUACUUCUUACUCUUGAAGCGAGUGAAGUGUCCGCCAUUUUUAGUUUUCACAACGAAAACAACUCAACCUCGUCCCCAGGUCUUCUCGGUUAACGGUUCGUUAACCUGUACAGGGCUGUAUUUUUGACGUCAUUUCCUCAUUAAACACAAAAUUCUUCCAAAUUUGGUCAUCAGUAACUGGUUGUGGUGAAUUAUGCGUGUGCUUCUAGCCAGUCAGAAUUGGGGAAAUAUUUUGAGUGAAUAAUAAUAUUGCUUAAUAUUCACCUCUUUCAGUACCAGCUGUCCCAAUCGUAGGAAAGCGUGAGGAACCACUUAAAAACUGGAUGAUAGCUGUUAUUGCAGCUGUAGGUGGGGUGUUACUCAUAGGCAUCGUUAUACUCUGCCUGUGUUGCUUCAUGCGUCGCAAGAAAUCCCUUGGAGGUAAGAGUAUUAGAACUGCGCUGGCGUGGUAGUUCAUGUCCUAACCUGGGACCAGGCUCCUUCUUUGGGACAAAAAGAGAAACUUUUGGCGAGCGAGGGAUAGUGGGGUAGCUUGGGAGGCGGAAAGGGCCCUAUUGCCCCGCUUUCUCCCUUUCAUUUUUAACUCGUAAAUACCCGUAGGCAAGAGCCCACAACCCGGAGCGAGCAACUCCCAUACUAGGCCUAUGUCACGACGUUUUUACGGACCAGUUUAUUUUUAGACACGAUUUUAGGGCACUCUUUGCCGCGAGAAUAGAAUCUCCCCCAUGUCUAUGAGCGCAUUCCAAGGUAAGGCCAUUUCUCGACUGACAGUCUGUCCCCUUUCGCCAAACGGAGACCCUUUUCACUGGCUAUUCAUGCCUUGGCAGUGUGGUAGUUUUUACUGUGUUUUUAAGACACUUUUCCUCCCUUUGUUCUAAAACUGUUUAAUCCAGACAACGCUUUUAAGCAAGUGAACCACGGCUUUUUUCAAAAUUUGUUGGUAGUCUACAAUUUGUAGCUCUGAAGGAGGUCGGCCACCUAACGAGGUUUUAACAAUGCAGUAAUCGUUAGAUCUUUUUGAGAAGAAAAACUUUCUGCUUAUUUGGCAGGAAUUAAGAAGGAGAGCCAGUAUAGUUAUGAUUAUACUCUUACUUCUGUACCACCCUUGUUGGUUCUACUGUUAGAUUUCAAUACACCUUAUUCAUUGUUUGCGUAUUAAACUGAGUAAUUCUUUAUUUUUACCUCUACUUUGCAGCUGACCGCGUAAAUAUGUCUCAAACUUCAAGGUAGGAGAUCAUUUAAGUUGUGAAGUUGUCUUUUACUAGCUAUCUUUAGUAAUGGUUUAGAUAGUUUGCGGAGGAAAUGCUGGUCUUGGAGGAAUGUUACUAAUUCGAGGAACGAGGAACGGGAAACAAAAGAUAAUUGGUAACGAAGUUACUAAUGGGGAUAGGGUUAAGUCUGUUUUUUUUUUCCCAUGUUUAAUUUUGCCCUUCCCCUUGUUCCCCUUGUUCCCCGUGCUCGUUCCCUGUUGCCGUUCCCCGUUUCCAUUCCCCGUUUUCCGUUUCAGUGACAUCCGAUCUUGGAUGGAUUGACGAUUUAUUUGCAACAUACGCGUUUUGCCGUCGCAUUUGCUCUCUGGAACUGUUUAGUGGUUUUGAACUUUAAAGCGUCAAAAAAUUCCAACAGACAAAUGCGAUGACGAAACGCGUAUGUUGCAACUGAUUGAAUCCACCCAUAACUAAUUAGCAAGGUGAGACAGAAUUUACUAAACCAGCUGGUCCUAGGAACUAUAUCGGAAAAAUUAUCCAGACGCCACGAGGUCACUGCAGGUGAUGUAAGUAUUCCCUCUCUAAGGACACCAUAUGACAAGGAACAUUGAGUAUUGUAACAUUGUAUUGUAACGUGAUUACGAUUGAAAAAAUGAAAUGAAAUACCAUUGUAUUAUUUCUCAAAACUGUCUCAAAAGGCACCAGAUUGUAUCUCAGCGCAUAAUCAUUUUAAAAAAUUUGCAAGGGGUAAGCUCCUGGACCACCCUAGGAAGCUUGUGGCCUUUGGCCACUCAGGACGUCUCCCCCAGCAAACGAUAAAUCCUAGAUUGAAUCCUGCUGAUUAGAAGUAAAAAACUCAACAAACAAAACAAAGGCAGCCGAACUAAUAUAAAUUUCCCCUCUUACAGUUAUGUAGUUGGUGGGCCGCCAGAUGUCUCGCGCUCCCUCGAUACAAGACCACGUAGCUAUGGUAUGGAAUCUGUUGAAGAUGAUCCUUUCAUUGAAGCACAUUUUGCGUCCAUGCAGUCCAUGAACUCAACUGAUGGAAAGAAAAAGAAAGGUGACUCUGGCGUCAACCUUGGCUACUUAUCACAAGGUAUUGUUCAUUGAAAAAACUCGUAAAAAUGAGUUUAGGAAGCAUAAGCAACGACGUUUUCGAGCGACGCUAAGAUGCCUUGGCGCCACCGUAGUUUAGGCAAAACCACUGCCCAAGAAUGCGAAAAGUCCACUUCCUGUUCACGUGAGUUGCUCAAAAACGUAUUUGCUAAAGAUCCCUUAUAGGGAGUUUAAGCAGCAACGCACGGUAACCGGAAGUGGACUUUUUGCACUCUUCAGCCGUGGUUUUAAACAAACUUUUGGAAAAAUCGUCUCUAUAAGAGUAAAAAAACUUAGCAAUACAAAUUUGGUGGUCUCAAAGCAUAUUAAAGGUGAAAAAGGCUCACUUCAGGUUGACGUACGUCGCUCGAAAACGUCAUUGCUUAGUGACACGCGCACCGCGUUAGAAUUUUCAGGUGUGGCAUCAAAUGAAAAUUACUGAGUAGUACUUUUCCUUGGUGUUGUUUAAUAUUAAAGUACGAGGCAGCACAUAAAAUCUUAAACUGAGGUCCACUCAAGUUACGUUUUGUGGUACUGUUUAUUGUGCUGAACAGGGUGUCAGUGGUGCUUAUUUUUGAGUGUGAGGAUUGUCACUAUGCAAAGAAAGGCUACACCUUUUUAAUAGAAGGAGUGAUUCAGCAACUAGCGCGUUGUGGAGUUAGCAACAACCCUCUUAAGCUAGUAUUGUUGUAUUUACCCAAUAUAAGUCAUGAAUACUCUAGAGAACUGUUUCAUUCAAAUUUCGUCUUAUUCCUGUGCUUAUAUGCGGAUAAUUCAUGAAAAGACAAAGGGGCAAAUUUCCUUGAGUCAUUCAUAGGGAAAACAAAACAUACAAGCUAAAGAGGCCUAUUGUGUGAGAGACCCUGAGGACCACUUCUUGUUACAGCCUUAAUUUCAAUUGGGUUGAUGCCUACUCACUGCUUUUGGUUUAGAUUCCGUCCAACCUCAGUCUGAAAUGCUCAUGAACCCAGGUUCCCGUCUCUCAAGAAACCAUCCUGUAGCUCAAAGCACCGGCGAUCUUGACUCAGCCUACCCAGCAAGGGGACCGCAGAGAGACUUCAACACGCUGCCACCUUAUCACGAACCACCCUCAUUUGAAGAGGCCAUGCGCCAGUCUGGGCGAAAGCCAAAGAUUAGGAAGUCGACAGGAGACCUUACGGGACCUGGCCAAGGUAGACACGCUGGACGUAGACCAAGGCCAUCGCCCUCCGAUGAGCCCACUGACUCUAGUGACGGGGAAACGCGGUUUACUCCUCAAAGAACGGCACCACCUCCCCCUCGAGUCAGGUUUGUGCGUUGGCUUUUGUAUGAAAGUUAAAGGAAACAAUGUCACUAGCGGUUUUGCCCACCUACCCCUCCCCUAAGCCAACAUUUUGCCCUAAGUAAGAACCAAGUGUUAAUGUUGGUUUACGUGAGGGGUAGGUCGGCAGUUUCCUAGAAACGUAAAAUGAUCCUCAUUUGUUUGGCCUAAGAUUUUCCGGCCCAAAAGUAAUUUUGAAAAGCGUAGAAACAUCUGAGAAACUUGCUGAGGUAAUUUGAACCUGAGAAUCCUAAGUUACAACUUUAUCCCAUUUCUCCGUAGAUGGGCGUUGUCAUGGGAUAUGGGCAAACCCAAAGCUGUAUUCGCAACAAUGCAAACGUUACUAAGACUCUUCUGUUUUGUUAAGAAAGUGAUUAAUGAAACGGUUGUCUUUCUUCGUGAACGAAGUCAAGGAAGAAGGACUGUAAUUUGAUAGAGUUAGGCUACCGCUAGUCUUGUCUCGAACCAAUUUUUUGAUAGUUUUUAUUUCUGAUCACCGGACCAUACCAGUUGUUCCUCUGUUGGUCAGCUUAUCGGUUUUAUCAGGAUAACUAAAGAUAUUAUUAUUAAUACAUUUUUCGUCUCGUCUAUGCACUGAUUGAAAUUUAAAUCAGAGUAUUGGAGGAGCCACUGACGCGACAGAAAAAAUAAUAUUGUCUUGGAAGGAGUCGAGAGGUUCAAGUCGUUUUUAACGACAAGUACUGGCUUUAUUGGGCUGUUUGAUGUUUAAAUUAUUGGCCAUUUUGAAGUUAAGAGUAAGACUUGUAAAUGUUGCGUCGAAUUGCUCUAUGGGCUGUUUUGGGGACGCUAUAUCGCUUCUUUUAAUGGCUAUUACGAGGUUGCGCAGGAAAUUGGAUCGAAAUUCGCCUCCAGGCGGCCUUUAGUUUUGUUUGUUUGUUUCGUUUUUGUUUGUUUGUUUGCUUUCAUUCCCUUUAUAACAUUAUAAGGACGCUUUGGCCUAUUUGCUUUUCAAAAGUCGACUCUGCUCAUGUAAUUUUUUAUUACUCGUAAUUCAUUUAUUUGUUAUCUGCAGACCUAAUGAGCUUAAUGACGAUCCACGUUAUGCACCAGUGGACCAACAGGGACGUGUUUUGGGACCAAGAGUGUUACCUCAAGGCCUUUCUACCACGAGCGCCCCCAGAAAUGGGCCCAUUGACCCAACAGUUCCAUAUUCAAUGCCGCAAAAGAAAAAAUCGACAAAGAAACCGCGCAGCGAGCCAAGUGAACCGGCAAUCGGUAGGUUUUGAUCCCUUUUGUUACUGUGAAACCCAGGUAAAACAAGCGCUGCUAUAAAUAUGUAUGGAAAAUGAUCUCUAUUUUGCAAACGCACGGUUAGCUCAGUUGGAUGAGCGCCGAUCUGGCUAGUGGGAAGCCGUGAGUUCAAAGCCUGGCCGGACUAACGCUCAGGGACUUUCCAUAACUGAGGAGAAAGUGCUACUUUUGUAAAACGUUACAAAAGCAGUAACUGUUUUGCAAAGGGUUAGAUUUUCUAGCCUUCUUCGACAGGAAAGGAUCAGAAACUGUAAGUCCCGUCUCACAUCACGUGCUCAUUCAAAGGUAUGCGGGACGGUGAGGAACACACACAUACACACACACACACUGUUCGUAAGAAGCGCUUAGUAGGGGAAGUAGUCUCUGAUGGUGUGGUUUUCUAUCCCUGCCAGCAUACCGUAUGAUCAAGCUGGCUGUAAUAGCUUAAAAGGCUUCUCAGCGAAUGGGACCUCAACACACGUACAGCCAGAAGUCAGGCUUUUUGCUGGCUGCUGGCUCCUCGUUGUAUCGGGAAUCCACUGGAAGAAGGUUUUUCUACCCGAGUUAGUUAUGCAUUUCUCUUCUACAUUAAAUUCCCUCAAAUGUUACUCUUUAGUUCUUAAUCUUUUUUAAUUCUAGCCUCGUUACAGACUUUUCCUUAAAUUGGGAUAGCUAAGGAGGGUUUAAAUUCUUAAAUGUGUCUAACAUCAAAUAGAUAGAUUAACCAUUAAAAUGGACAUUUGUUUCUCUUUAGUGCAGGAAUUUUUUAUAUUCUUCACGUUAAUGGGUGCUAUUCCAGUUUUCUUCUCUGUUCUCUGACACUCAAGGACGUUCUAAGCCCUUAAAUGUAUUUUGAUCAAUUAAUGGAUAACUAAACAAUUAAUUAUUUUGACUUAGAUUUCUUUUUAAUGUAACAGUGUAAAAUCCAAGGUAUUAAUCGUUAACCGUGAAAGCCGCCUACCAAUCGAAACUCUUUUUUUGUGCUUGUCCCCAGUCUUGUUUUUAACCAUUGUUUCUAAGUUAAUAUUUUGUACUAAGUAUUAGUUAACAAACCCAACCUACUAUCAUUUCAGCAGGCCGACCUCGUCCUCUACCGCUGAUGGUUGGACCGUCUUUCUACAACGCCAGUGCUUAUAAAGGAUGUUAGUAUAAAAAUAAAUUGAUUAAACCUUAAAUACAGUUAAACAUAUCUCAAUAUUGUGACUUAAAAACGCAGGUGUUUAUCAAUAAGUAAGAAAAGCAAAACCAUGCGAUACUGUACGAUACGAUACGAUACUCACACUCAUUGUACGAUACUGAACAGUUUUGACUAGUUCUUAAGGUAGGAGUGAUGGUGGAAAACAAUUUGUAACUACUUAAAUAAAUUGUAAAGGGAACUAACAGCCAAGCUAAAUAUAAUCCAAAUGUUUGACUUUUUAAUAACCAUAUAACGUGACUAAAACUCAUUGGUGAUUUCCCGUAAAUUUUUGCUGAAAAGUGGAAAAACAAAGGAACGUCUUAAUUAACUCAAUCGCAUCAAUUAAGAACACCUUUUUCAUUUCAGUUUCUUCAUCACCAAUAAUGAAAAACGAAUGAUCUAACAUUAACUAGAGUAAUACACUAAGUUUGGUUAAUUUUUCCGAUUAGUUUAAUCUUUUCUUUUCCCUAGCUAUAAGUGAAAUAAACGGGUCUCCCUGAAGUAAUAGUUAGAAUAAAAUUGAUUAUAGUUUUGUCUUUUGGCGUAAGCUGAUAACAGUAACUAUUUUAAUGCAGGUUACGAAAAACUUACUAUCAAGCUAAACUUCAAGGGGUGCGAGUGCGCUAAGUAGGGGUGGUCGUUGUAUGUCGCUGUAACCGUCCGCUUGACGUACUGUCCGCGUUUCACGCAGUUGAAUUUAGUGUUGAUAACUUUUGUACUCAGGGCCACCCCCACAGUAUACACCGGAAGACAGGUCGCCAGCAGAACCUAUGCAUUAUCCGGGAGAUUUAGACCUCGAUGAUCCAGUUAAUCUACCCCGUAGUGAAAGACCCCCAGAUCUCCCACCUCCUAUGGCUAUGUUACCUAGCAACCGAGGAAUGUCCAAUUACCAUCACGAUCCACGUAAGUUAAUAGGGACAUUAAAGGGGCUAUGUCAGCUGGAGAGCAUGCGCUCUGAGGUUAUGCAAAUUACUUUCAACUGUCAAAAUUCUAUUGUUUUUAACGCGUGACUUUCUCCAUGUGCGCUGUGAGGUUAUGCAAAUUACUUUCAACUGUCAAAAUUCUAUUGUUUUUAACGCGUGACUUUCUUCAUGUUCUCUGUCACGUCCAAGGUUCCGAAUUUAGAGAGGUUUAGCGAAAUGGGUUUAGAUAAGGGAUAUUUCGAUAGAAUUUAUGGAACGUUUCUUCUCUGGUUAUGCUAGAUCAAGAAUAAAACUGCGACGACAAUUUUACUUGUAGUUUUGAAGUAAAAACGCAUGCCAUUCAUAAAAUAGAGCGCAAACAAAAAUUCAACAACAACAUAUUGUCUUAUUCAACAAAAUAAAUGGAAGUUGUAUUUUACAAACGAGCUACAAAAGACGCUAGACCGAAGAUAAAGACCAAGACUGUUUCAAAUCAUUAACAAUUAGACUUGUCUGUCGCUAUUGAUUUUAUAACUUAGAUGCUGAUAGAACAAGAGACCAAGUCUUUGUUUUGAUCUUAGGGAAACAUACAUUAUCGCGCAAAAUUGUUCGAUCGUGCCGAAUCACUGCGACGUCGAGAAAAACAGAACCCAGCAUCAUUGGUAUACUACUCCACUAUAAGCAGUCCGUUGAUAAGAAGGGAAAGCAAACUCUGCUAUUUUCCAAAAUUAUGCUCCAACACAAACAGUUCAAAAACAUGGCGUUUACAGGAUCUAACUCGUACUAAGGUGCCUCUCUAAGUCCGUUGAGAACAAUCUGGACGAGCAAACGGUCGUGUUUAUCUUUGCCGUGAAUCGAGAUAAAUACAAGAAGGAAUCUAGCCGAAUUUUAGAAUGUUUCCUUCGCCAGGAGUUUAGUUUCGUCACGAAACUCAUGGCCUGAUGCUCUUGUAAUCGUUUACAAAAAACGGCCGCCGCCAACUCCAUAGCCGCUUCAUUAUAUGUCCACAUACUUUGAGCACAAGAAAAAUCCAAGAGCCAGCAGCCUCUAAAAUAACUCAAUAGAAAGGUCCUGUGAACUAUAGGGAAGAUUCCAUCAAAGAUUCCAUCACUCAUUGUGGAGUAGCCGUCAUUAACUCUGCCAUUACAACGGCCGCUGAUAAGAGGACACAGUAAAUCCACGUAAAAACAUUCCACAGGCAAACAAUUUUAAAAUAACGCCAAAAAAUUGUUCUGUAAUCACCAUAGAAUGAUUCUUAAUACAAAACUUCGCUAACUAUCGAACGAUGGCUGAGAUUUAGACAGAUAAAAACAGCCUUCCAAAAUCUCCGACACAACUUGAAAAAGUUGGGCUGUCUUUUUCAAGUUUGUUUUCAUUGGCUCGCGCAUGCGUGUUGGGUGACAUAGCCCCUUUAAGCAGUGACGUUUUUGAGCGACGCACGUCAACCGGAAGUGAGCCUUUUUCUCUUUUGAUAUGCCUUGACGCUACCAAAUUUGUAUUGCUAAGUGUCCUUACUCUUAAAGAGACGAUUUGUCCAAGAAUUUGUUCAAAAUCACCGCUCAAUAGUGCAAAAAGUAUACUAUACAUCCGGUCGACGUCUGUUGCUCAAAAACGUCGCUGCUUAAAAUAAGCUCCCUAACAGUUGUCAUAGUUGUUGCCGUGAAGACUGUUUGUGUAAGAUUUGUGUAACAAGGGUUAAUUUCACGUCCUAAACCUCAUUUCCAAAGUUUCAAACCUUUUAUCACCUUAACGUAAUACGAUUAGGCAACAAAAAACAUCGUGAAGUCUUCAGUGUUUCGCUUGGAAAUAGUCUAAAUGCAUUCAGUCGAGCAAAGCCUCGUUUUGACAUUGUAAAUUCGCGAAGUUUUAUACAAAUUUAUCCCCAAGGCAGUACAUUCGAAAAGAAUACCCAUGCAGAAAGAUGGUGGAUGCAAAGAAUUUAGUACACAAACGAGGUAAAAUUUGCUUGUCUGACGUAAUCGUACAUAAGGGCCAUUGUGGUGACUUCUCAGAUUGUGGCGUUAUUUGUUCAAGGCUGUCUAGCUCUCUCCUUUUGCCAUAAAUCUUGUAUGGGUAACAACAAAACAAAGGGCUUAAAAUAACGACCGGUCGACGGAAAAUGUCUGGUCAAGAAGGUCUGCUAGCAAGCUCUCCAUUUAAAGUGAGCGAAGCAACUCGCGAGGGGCUCGAGCGUGCGCCCGCCCCUCGCGCCCGCCUUUCGCACUCGGGUCUCCUUUCGCGUGCUGCUCUCACGUGAAUUCUCGCGACUCCCCCAAAUGGAGAGCUUGCUCGCGGGCUGGUUCAAGAUAGCCUGCGAGCAAGCUCUCCUAUUUGGGCGAGUGAAACAAGUUCUCGCGUUCUCGCGAGGCUCGCUUCGCUUGCCCAAAUGGAGAGCUUGCUCGCAGGCUGGUUCCAGAAGACCAUUGGUCCGGACAAACAUUCGGUUUGCCGGUCAUUUUGACCAGAUACGUAAAUAAGCGACCAGGAAAAAAUCUUUGCACACUAUUACGUUUGCAGAGAACAAGCACUUAAUGUCGUUACUUGUUUGGCUAUACGUUCAACUUCAUAUCGUGUUCGUUAUUUUUAGCUUCUGAUGUUGACCGGUCAGAAGAAAGACUUGACCGAGCUAAAACCAAUUUGGCACGUAGCCGGCAACAGUCCCAAAAAUAUUUUUAGCCCUGCAACACUUUAAUGUUUAACGCUAAACUAAAAACUGAAGACAAAUCCUCACCACUAUCCCAGCUUACCCAAAAAGUUCCUUUCCUUCAACACGUCGAAGGCUCUUGCUCUUCGUCGUCGGGACGUUUUGCCAGAAAAAUGCGUUGAAAGAAUUUUUAUGGGGAACUAACCAGUUCGUCUUCAACUAAAGGACGAGGCUCGAUCUUCGUAAACUGCUUUUUUCUCUUAAAAAGUUCACCACUCACUGGUACAAUUCUCUCUUCUCAACUCUCCAUCAGCCGUUACCGCACCUUGAUUUUCAUCGCUGCCCAACAAGCUAUUCGCAUGACCAGCAAGCCCAUCCGCUUGACUCGGAUUAAAGCUUGCGUAAGGCUCUUUCUGAUUGGCCAGGAGAGGCUCAUUCGGGUUGUUUGUUUGGCCUGAACAAUUUUCUUUCCUACAUUUCGUAGCGAGGCCUGGGUUGUCCAGCAAAUAUAGGGCAAGCAAUAUAGAAAUUACGAUGACGAUAAAAAAGACACUGAAAUAACAGUUUUUAAAAAGCUAAUGCCCUGUAGUCGAGCUGUUCUUCAUCAAAAAUGAUUGGACAAACUUUUCCGUAAAUCGAUUACGGACGUGACCAGAAAAUCCAAAGGACAAUUUCAAUCUACAACAUGUAGAAACCUGCGGAAGUCACAGCUAAAAAUAUUCAUCUCAACAAACAUCUGAUAAUCAGGAGACACCUAACGCCACAAUUUUUUAAGUUUAAACGUGUAGGAACAAAUCGCUGUCCCCUGCUUCGCACCGAAUUCAUAACAGCAAGAAAAAUAAUCUAUUUAACAUAGCAUGAAAUAGCUGGGUUUAAAUUUUAAGACGGGUAGUGAAAGAGGUGGCUUCAUAGGCAGGCAAGACUGUAUUAUGUAGGGUUCGUACGGGUCAUGGAAAACCUGGAAAGUCAUGGAAUUUAAGAAUUUCAUUUUCCAGACCUGGAAAGUCAUGGAAUUUAAGAAUUUAAUUGUCGGUCCUUGAAAGUCAUGGAAGAUUUAAGUUUUGGUUGGUAGUUUAGUUGCGGCAGAUGGCAAAGCAAGGACAAUUUAAGAUAGAGAGGAGUGAUUGAACAGCGCGAACGACACACAUUUAGGUGGACACUAUGGUGUUGUCUUUUAAAAUGUUUAAGGUCAAAAACGCCCUAAAACACAAAAGCUUUAAAAAUUUGUAAAAAAGUGACAGCUAAACCUAAGGCUAUGGAAACUUAAGAACGUCAUGGAAAAAGUCAUGGAAAGUCCUGGAAUCUGAAGAGCUUAAAAGAGUACGAACCCUCAUUAUGGUUAUUUUUUUAUUUAUUUUUAUUUUAUUGCCAUCACAGUAAAACCCAUUUCUGUGGUUAAACCACCCCCUUGCCCGUGGGCGCGGGAGAGAGUCUAAGCCUGACGUUUCAGGCUAAUCGAGUUUACUACUGUAUGUUUUUGUUGUUAAUUAACUAAAAACGUUUUUAUUAAUAUAGAUGAUGGUCUUCCUGAGCCACCCGCAUUCUUACGUGAUGUAGUCUACCCACCGUACGGCCGAGAUACACAAUCCGAUUCGGACGGCCCAGCUCCUUAUAACCCUCCUCCGCCUUCAGCAAAUCGACAAAGAAAGGUACGAGUUAAGUUUAUUCUGAAGUAAGGAAGUAGAUUAUAAACUGAAUUUGUCAAGUUACAUUUCAGAAUUUCAUCUACAGGUCCCGGUUGUUCAAAGGCUGGAUAACGCUGUCCACCGGAUAAGUGUCGCUAUCCAGUGGAUAAGUAGCUAUUAGGAAAAUUUGAUGGCGUUAUCCACUGAAUAGAGAUUUACGCAAUGGAUAGCGUUACCCACCGUUACCCACCUUUAAUUUGAUAGCGUUAUCCACUGAAUAGAGAUUUACGCAAUAGAUAGCGUUACCCACCGUUACCCACCUUUAAUUUGAUAGCGUUAUCCACUGAAUAGAGAUUUACGCAAUAGAUAGCGUUACCCACCGUUACCCACCUUUAAUUUGAUAGCGUUAUCCACUGAAUAGAGAUUUACGCAAUGGAUAGCGUUACCCACCGUUACCCACCUUUAAUUUGAUAGCGUUAUCCACUGAAUAGAGAUUUACGCAAUAGAUAGCGUUACCCACCGUUACCCACCUUUAAUUUGAUAGCGUUAUCCACUGAAUAGAGAUUUACGCAAUAGAUAGCGUUACCCACCGUUACCCACCUUUAAUUUGAUAGCGUUAUCCACUGAAUAGAGAUUUACGCAAUAGAUAGCGUUACCCACCGUUACCCAUCUUUAAUUUGAUAGCGUUAUCCACUGAAUAGAGAUUUACGCAAUGGAUAGCGUUACCCACCUUGUGGAGAACUUUUGAAGAACCUGAUCUACCGAUACAAAAGUUCGAACCACUUCGUACAGCAUCGCUCACAGUACAGGAAAAAAAGUACUGCUCAGUAGCUAUUAUUUGAAUGGUCACACUUGAGCAUUUCGUCUCCAGAUUCGAUUCGAAAGUGAGAACCACCUUUUACAAAACACUAAACAGUGUAAUAAAUUACUGCUUAGUAGCUUUCAUUUGAAUGAUUACGGGUCGCCACAGAUUUUUGCCCACAGAUCCACCUUACGCAGCACGAAAACAGCACCACAGGAAAAUACUGCUUAGUAGCCGUUUCAUUAUAGUGGUUACCCUUUUUAUUUACAGACUCAAAAGUUGUACCUCUAGUACAGCAUGGUUAACAGCCCCACAGAAAGAAAGUUUUGCCUGUUCCAAGCUCCGAGUUAGAAAGCACGAACACGAGAAUAAAACGGGAGGAAACUGGGGAGAGGAAGGGCCACCGCCGUUUUUUUACAGAUCACGCACUCAUAUCUUUGCGUGCCUUUCACUCACGCGUUAUCCGUACUAUCUGAGAGCCUGGAACAGGCUACAGAAAAUGCGCCCUACCGUACCUCAUUUUCUGUUUUCUUUGUCUUUCCUCCACAGCCUUACGUAAAUAUUCACGGUCAACUUGUCAGACCCCCUUCGCGAGAAUCAGACGAAUUUUUAAGACCAGAGUCUUUACGAUCGUCACGUGACACCCUCACCCCAGAGCCAGAAAUGCCUGUACGCCCGAGACAGCCGCGAGGGUCUGAGUUCGACGACAGAAGAGAACCGGAAAUAAAUUACUUUAGUUAUUUGGUCUGAGGAGACCGGAAGCUGUCGAGAGAGAGAACAAAGAUUUAUAGAAGAAUGAGCACAACAUGGAAUAUUCUGUCUGGCUCUCCGCUCUAGGUUAAAACGAGAAACAAUUUUGUAGCCCUGCAAGCUACUUAAUUGUCCAAGCGGCAAGUUUACUUUGCUAUAUUUACUUUAAUAGCAGUGGAUACAAGUUAUAGUGUGGAAUGCUGAUCUAUAUAAGCGAUAUUCCAGGAGAGCUUUUCAUAGAAGCACCACAUACUCCGGUCAGGCACUUAAAAGAAACUGUCCUUUACAACACAACACAGUCGUAAAAGUCAAGUGGCAAUCACAUUGGGUAAACUUCUGUUCUCGCACUUAGGAACAUCUCCGCCAAACUCUUAGACCCUCCCAUUUGGCCACCGUCCCUCACCCGUUCGGAUCAUGUGAUUCAGAUGAACGUUACCGCGGUGAAUUCAUGUGGUCGUUAUGGCUUGAGGAGAGGGUCUUCAUAAACUAGACGAGACUAGCUCUGUGGGUGGAGGGGACGGUAAGGAACACCCUAGUGAUCCCCAGAGAGCUUGCUCGCAGGUUAAGAUAACACUUCACUAUGGUAGCAGAAGUCAACACCCCUGAUGUAUGUUUCUCUGGGUUGCUGUAGUUAAAGUUUUAUCGUUUUUUAGUUUGUAGCCUAAAAAUGUAAUUAUAUAUUUUUUGAUAUAUACGCUUCGUACGCUUUAAAACAGCAAGGUAAGAAUACUUUAUAGAAAAAUUCCUGGGCGACAUCCCGAUACAAUUCGAAUAAACAACCCUAAGAUUGGCAGAAAAUGGCCAACUAUUUGUAUAGUAGUGUAGAUUAUUGUACAAGGCGUCCAAGCUAGAGGACAUGUAGUAGCAUGAAGUAGUUAGAUUUUACAUAUUUUAUCCUUAUUUACUAAGAUUACACAUUUGAAACAUAGCGCACUGCGAUUACCAAAAAUACAGCAGAACUCUGGGCUUUACAGCUGAACAGUUAGUGAUAUUUUUUCGUACCUUUUGCAGGUCUUUGUAUUUAUUUGUUAUUUUAUUUGUUUUGUUGGUUAUCAUUGGUUUGGUACAAACCUUUGUUUUUUAUCACUAUUAACAACCUGCCUCACGAGGUUCUGCGAGACAUGUUUUUUAAAAUACAUAGUUUUUAGGGAGCUUCAGCAAAUGCGUUUUUGAGCCACCCGCGUCAACUGCAAGUCAGGCCUUUUCCCUUUUAAUGUGUGUUGACGCUACCAAAUAUGUCGUGCUCAGUGUCUUUACUGCAGUAGAGACGAUUUGCACGUAGAUUUGGGCAAAAGCAUUCCCCAACUUGAGAAUGCAAGAAGUUCACUUUCCGGUUGAUAUGAGUCGUUUAAAAACGCCUUUGCUUAGGCUCGCUAUUACUUUCUGAAAGGCUUUCAAAAUCGUAACUGAAAUUAAAGUCACUUAGAUUACGAGCAGUGCCCUAUUUUUUUAAGGAAUUAGGAUAUUGAGUAACGCGACAGGAAAACAAGGGAAACGUAAGGCAGCCUAUAAGUCCCUUCAAUUCGAGAUCGUACGAUCAUAUGUUUAUCUUCAUCUGGGUGGUACUCUAUCUCUAUACUGAAUCUAUCCUUUCCCUCCCAAGACCUAUCAAAAUUACAUAUUCACAAUAAAAAGUGCAAUUCAAAGUUGUAACCCUGGGAGGGAAAGGAGGUGCUGCUUUUAUCAGUUCCACUGCCCCUGUCUUCUUAAGCAAUUGAGGGAAAUCGGGACAGAACUAGCCAAACUGGAGAGGUGUUGUGUAAAUAACAAAAAAAUUCAUUCUUGUUAACACAAAAUUGCGCAAAUAUAAUAUUUUGUUAAACAUGCAAGAAUAAUAAAAGAGUUAGG